CUGAGAGCUGGGGGUCGGGCGGUAGCAGAGGAGCAGGGCAGCAGCUGGCACGCAGGAGGGGGGGCAAUAUGUGUCCAGGGGCCGGGUGUGGGGGCACUUAAUGCAAUGCCAAGGGCAGAAGCGGGCUCCCAGUGAUCUGGGCAUGGAGCAUCAGGAGCUGAUCAGUGCAUCGGAGAUCAUCAAGGGUGAGAGCUCCUACACAGCUAUUACUGAAUAAUACAUAUAUUAUAUAUCCUCAUAGGUCAUCCUCUGCAUGGGUACCCAGUAUUGUACUGUAUAGUGCUAUAUAAAACUACUCUUACUGUAAUCACAAUGGGUGUAAUCACAAUGGUACAGAGUUUAUUUUAUUAUUUUCUUUUAGUCCUAGGCUGGCUGAGCAUAGUGGGAGUUUUAGUUUUAGAACAGCUUAUAAUAAUGGACUGGCUGAGUCUGGCAUUAUGUUGUGUAUAUGUCUGCAUCAAGGUCUCCCCCCUAAUAUGAAGUCUUUUCACCUCUUUGUAAAUUCACAGUAAUGCAAGUGCAUAUAAGAGAGUUUCACAAUAUCACCUUUCUCUAUGUUUAUAUGUGAAUACUAGAGCCUUGUGUGUCUCCAUAGUUUAUGAGUUUUCUGAAAACUUUCUGAUUACAAAUAAUGCACAGAAUGGAUGUCUUAUUUUUGACACGAAUGCAUGUGUUUUGAAAAUAAAUUAAAACUGAUUUAUGGUGACCUUCUAUGGUUCAUCACAACAACUUCAAGAUCAAAUCCUAUUAGUACUCUGCACUUAAAACAAUUUGGGGAGAAAGUUGCUGAUUAUUAGUGUUGGGGUUCCUCAGCCACCAGUCUCAUCUCCGAGUAUCAUACUAUAUUUGUUGGAUAUUUGAUGAAGGUUCGUAAUCUAAAAUACUUGUGAAAUCCUAUGUGAUAUAUAUUUGUUUAUGUAAUAACCGAUUUACAUGGUUUUGCUCGGUUACAUAACUCUUCAAACAUUUAAUUUCUGUAAUUUCAAACCCUUGUUGUAGAGAAUUUUUCAGACCUAGUAGCAAACCUCACACAGUCCAAUGUUCCAAGUGCCAUAAAGUCCUUCAGAUCUUUGUACUUGUGUGUCUUUUUAUAAACUGUAACAUUGAGGCUAAAAUAGAGAAGCUAUGACUAUAGCCAAGUUGUCAAGUUUGUCCAAAUUAGCAAUUUUUUUUUGCUGUUUGGAUUUCAAUUCACAGUCAGUUUGCAUUUAAUGAGUAAAUACAAUAGUUAAAUCUCUGAUACUGAAAAAAGUAGGAUAUGUGCAUUUGAAUUGAGUGACCCUGUUUGGUAUAUGUACUUGUUUCUCUUUCGUGGUUUGCUUUCAUUGUCUCCAUGGAUAUGAAUGAACCUCUCAGUCUUCCUUAUCUACUCCUUGCUUGUGUAGAUGGAUCAACUUUUCCUGUUUGCUAGGAGUCAAAGGGAAUACAAUGGUUUCUGUGCAAGAUUAAAACAGUAAAUGUUUUUGGGUAUUUAUAUAUUUUUUAUUUUUUUUUGCGAAAUUUGCAAAAUUGCUUGAAUAAUAUCUUCCUUGCUGUUGUAGCUUGUUUAGAUUCAUUAUCCCGGUGAUGAAAUGGUAAACAUGUUGUCGUGGUAACCCACAACUUUAGAAAUGGCUUUAGAACACAAGCUUGCAGGCAAGUCUCUUUCAGCCUAUCCGAUUAGUGUAUCUCUACCAGCUAAUUAUCUUUUGUUUUCCUUGUUUAACUUAGUAGACUACAUGGCUAGAGUAUUUGGAUACCUGUUUGUGAAAAUCACGCCCUAGAUUCAUGGGUAUUUUAGAUACCUCUCCUCUAUGGGUGUGACUGGAAUAGCAAAUAUAUACUAAUUUGAUCUACAUUCUUUUGACGAUGUAUCGUAUAUCCAAUACUUCAAAAUGUGUCUCCUUCUUAGGGUUAUCCGCAAACUUCUGAGUUGUUGAGAACUGACUAGAGAAUUGGAAGGACUCACCAAUUCAGUUAUUUUUCCAUCGUUGAUAUUUCAGCCUUACAUUUGAAAUUCCUUGGUCAUUUUCUGAUAGUUCACCGUCUAGUGAAUAACCUUGCCAGUAAAUAUAUCCUACUAAUAAUUGUAUUAUAUUGACUGAGAUUUGGCUUGUACUUUAGAAAAGUUAUUCUGGCAUGGCACGUUAAUGAAGAUGCUCAUUUUAUAAAUGAGUCCCUUGGGUUUGUUUGCAUUUGUGUUUACAUUAUGGUAUGUAUCCAGGAUUUUGAAAGAAUCUUGUUGAUGUUAAUAUUGGCACUUAUUUUUUUCACAAGUGACUUUGCUUGGCAGGAUUUACUAUAGCCGCACCACACAAAGGAAUCACAUGCCUGCUAUCCUAGGGCUUCCAAAUAUUUGUCACCCUAUCUAUGUUCAUGUGAGGAUAUCACACCAGGAACCUAUCUGAGUGGUGACACAACUAUCGUGUGUGCACCCACCGUCGCAGCCCUGCCAGUCACUCCUGAUGCAGAAUGGAUGUUGGGAUGAAAGACAUGCAUUUUCCUAAUCUGGACUGGUGUCUCAAUAUGUAAUCUUAUCAUUCCUCCCAAACUAGUAUCAAAUAGAACUAUGUUCCUACUUGUAACACAUUCAAGCUUUUAGCAUCAUUCUGUCAUUCCACUCACACAGAGCUAUUUCCCCUCAAGUUGUAAUUCCAUAUUCACCUUUUCAGAGCAAUAUUACUUUCAGCAAUGUUUCUAUGUGUUAAUAUAACCCACUAGUCUCAGAUUUCUGUCUCUCUUUCAUGUAAUCUCUUGUCCUUUCUUCCUAAAAGACGUCACUCGGAAGAAAGUAAGCAAAUGAUGCAUGAAUAAAACGUCAUAAAGAAGAUGCAGACACUUUUAAGAUAUCUGUGACACUUCGUUAUGUGCUUAGACCAUACUGUAGUAUCUUCCAAUAAGCACUUCAUUUCCAGUUGCUAGUGACUUGUGCAAGUUGUUUUUUUUAGAUCUUUUUAACAUAUUUUAAGAAUUGAUGUUUAUGGAUAAAUUUUAGGUCAAUUAAUGACUUACUAAAAAUAUAUUGUAGCAUUGUCAGAUUUAUUAUAAAAAAUUUUUUAAUACAACCUACAGACAGGAUGAUUAUUCAUACUAUUAUUAUUAUAAUUUAUAAAGCCCCAGCAAAUUCCGUAGCGCUGCACAAUGGGUGGACUUACAAACACAUAUUUUUUUUUUUUUUUUUCAAUUCUUUAUUUUUGCAUUGACAGACAUUGUAGGUAAGUGCAUUUUUGGCUUACGCAGAAGCCCAUCUUUUCAAGUAUGUUUUAGACAUGGUACAGAAAAAAGACUGGGUUGUUAGUAUACAUAACAUACAUUUUAGACUUGUUGCAUGUGGGUUGCGUAGAGGCUGUUGUCGACAAACACAUAUUUGUAACCAGUUGGACGCACAGGAACAGAGGGGAGGGCCCUGUUCAAGGAGCUUACAUGCUAGAUAUAUAUGAGUUUUAUAUAAUGCCUCUCAGAAACAUAACCCAAUGAAUUACUGACUAAGUAUCACACUCAUAAUCUUAGUCCUGUAACCAGGCAAUGGAUAACAUCCAUCACUGCUAAAUUACAGUCUUCCUUCCUGAUUACCUGUUGGAGUGAGGAGGUUCAGGGAUUCUUGUGGUCUAGCUGGGGAAUAGCUCUUUCUCACUCCCUCUAGAGCACUGCAUUAGUAUUGUGAUGUAAUGUCUCGUUCCCAUAUCAGCUCUGUAUGACAACGGAAAGAAAGGGAGCUUGAAUGUCCUGGGUACAGCUAUCCUACAUCCGACCUAGAUCAUUAGAAAAAGAGUUCACCUUGUACGUAGGUGUCCUGAUAUUCAUUUGUCAUACUGAUACAGUUUUUAUGUCUCAUUAUUGAGACUUCAACCUAUAAUAUGAUAUGUGGCUAUCAAUGUAUGUUUUGAUUUAUGACACUACAUUAUAGACAUAUAAUUUACCAAAAUAAAAUAAAAUAAUGACUGAGAUUAUUGAGUUUUCACUGACCGCUGUAAAUCGAGGGAUUUCAAAUAACUAUAUUAUAUUAUAAUUAGAGACAAUUUGCUCAUAGUUCAUUUAUUUUAGGGGCUCAAAAACAAUUGGUCAAUUGGUUGCUCAGCUGUUUCUUCACUGGGUCUAUGUGUCAAUAUGUUAGCUCAUGCACAGCAAGAGAGGUAACAAAAGGUCAAGUGUUAAAUCUAAAUGUGACAUUUGCAUUUGUUGUCUCUUAACUUGAAGAGCAGAGAAAUGUUAAUGGUAUUAAAACUGGCCACGGGGGGGUUGAAAUAUCACUCUGAAUCGACUACUAAAAUAUUAAACAAGUCAUAUCAGCUGUUGUACUUUGUCAUGGAGCAAAAAAUUCACCUGUGAUCUCACCAAUGGCAAGUGAUAGCAAUAUUAUAUCUUGGCUAUGUGUAAACAUACAGUUGUGCUCAAAGGUUUGCAUACCCCGGCAGAAAUUGUGAAAUUUUGGCAUUGAUUUUGAAAAUAUGACUGAUCAUGGAUGCACUGAGGAGGCUAGAUACUGAGCCAUGGGGAGCAGAAAAGAACCGUCAAAAGACCCGCGUAACAAGGUAAUGGAAAUGUAAAAAGAUGGAAAAGCAUAUUAAGAGAUAUCCAAAACCUUGAAGAUACCAGUCAGUACUGUUCAAUCACUUAUUAAGAAGUGGAAAAUUCGGGUAUCUAUUGAUACCAAGCCAAGGUCAGGUAGACCAAGAAAGAUUUCAGCCACAACUGCCAGAAGAAUUAUUUGGGAUACAAAGGAAAAACUCACAGGUAACCUCAGGAGAAAUAUAAGCUGCUCUGGAAAAAGAUGGUGUGGUUGUUUUAAGGAGCACAAUACAACGAUACUUGAACAAAAAUGAGCUGCAUGGUUGAGUUGCCAGCAAGAAGCAUUUACUGCGCCAACCCCACAAAAAAGCCCAGUUACAAUAUGCCAGACAAAACCUUGACACGUCUCACAGCUUCUGGCACACUGUAAUUUGGAGUGACGAGACCAAAAUAGAGCUUUAUGGUCACAACCAUAAGCGCUAUGUUUAGAGAGGGGUCUGGUGAAAAAAAAAUACCAUCCCGACUGUGAAGCAUGGUGGUAGCUCAUUGCUGUUUUGGGUGUGUAAGCUCUAAAGUCACUGGGAAUCUUUUGAAAAUCGGUGGCAAGAUGAAUUCAGCAUGUUAUCAGAAAAUAUUGGCAGGCAACUUGCAUUCUUCUGCAUGAAGGCUGCGCAAGGGAUGCUCUUGGACUUUCCAACAUGACAAUGACCCUAAACACAAGGCCAAGUUGACCCUCCAGUGCUUACAGCAGAAAAAGGUGAAGGUUCUGGAGUGGCCAUCACAGUUUCCUGACCAUAAUAUCAUCGAGCCACUCAUGGGAGAUCUCAAACGUUCAAUUCAUGCAAGACGACCAAAGACUUUGCAUGACCUGGAGGCAUUUUGUCAAGAUGAAUGGGCAGCUAUGCCACCUGCAGGAAUUAGGGGCCUCAUAGACAACUAUUACAAGAAAAACUGCACGCUGUCAUUGAUGCUAAAGGGGGCAAUAAACGGUAUUAGGAACAAGGGUCUCAUUUUUUUUUCUUUGUUCCCAUGUUUUGUUUUAUGAUUGUGCCCUACCGUUGUAACCUGCAGUUGAGUAUGAAUCCCAUAAGAAAUAUGUGUUUUGCCUGCUCAGUCAUGUUUUAUUUCGAAAUGGUACAUAUAUUACCAAUUCUCCAAGGGUAUGCACAAUUUUGAGCACAACUGUAUUGCAGCACACACACACACACACACACACACACACACACACACACACAGCAGUGUAUGUGUUUGUGUGUAUAUAUACAGUUGCAAGAACAAGUAUGUGAACCCUUUGGAAUAAUAUGGAUUUCUGCACAAAUUGGUCAUAAAAUGUGAUCAGAUCAUCAUCUAAGUCAUAACAAUAGACAAUCACAGUCUGCUUAAACUAAUAAAACACAAAGAAUGAAAUGUUGCCAUGUUUUUAUUGAACACACCAUUUAAACAUUCACAGUGCAGGUAUAUAUAUGUGUGUGUGUGUGUGUGUGUGUAUGUAUGUAUAUGUGUAUAUGUGUGUGUAUAUGGAUAUAUAUACACAUACAUGCGGCGUGUUUUUGUGCUUUAGGGUGCACACCCUAAUGCAAUAGGCUGCGCACGCCUAUGCUAACCUCUAGGUGAAGUGGAUAUCAGAUCGGCGUCCCACUGUAAAUAAUGCGCGUACGUGCUCCACUCCCAUAGUGCCGUAAUGAUGUGAUUAAGUCAUGCGUGUUAUUAUAGCGACGCAGGAAGCCGCGGCAUUGCUAUGGAAACAGAUAUAAAUACAUGAUUAAGUGCUGAUCCGAGCAAAAUAAAGCAAGGUGUGAAUAGAGCUAAAUAGAUGUGCCUAAAGUCAUAUAGGUGACAUGAUCUCUAUUCUUAAAGUGGACCAAUAUAUAAAGUGACAGUGAUAUGCUGAUAUUAACCAGUGUUAUGUACAAGGUUAUAGGUGCUCUGGUAUGUGUUCCAGUUCAAGAUAUACUUAGACAAAGUAGGGACUAUUUUGUCUCUGUAUAUUUCCUAUACAUGACACAUCUAAACACUGUGCAGAGCUAGUAUCAAUCCUCCCAGCUGUCACCAGUGACGGCUGCAGGGAAUUAGUUUUAUCUAUGGAGUAUCUUGUGGGGUUCUCCAUAUACCUUAAAGGACCACUCUAGGCACCCAGACCACUUCAGCUUAAUAAAGUGAUCUGGGUGCCUGGUCCAGCUAGGGUUAACCCGUGUUUUUUUUUUUUUUUCAGAGAAACUGCUAUGUUUAUAAAUGGGUUAAUCCAGCCCUCAAAUCCUCUAGUGGCUGUCUCACUGACAGCCACUAGAGGCGCUUGCGUGAUUCUCACUGUGAAAAUCAGUGAGAGCACGCAAGCGUCCAUAGGAAAGCAUUGUAAAUGCUUUCCUAUGAGACCGGCUGAAUGCGCGCGCAGCUCUUGCCGCGCGUGCGCAUUCAGCCGAAUGGGAGGAGAGGAGGAGGAUCGGAGGCGGAGAGCUCCCCGCCCGGCGCUGGAGAAAGGUAAGUUUUAACCCCCUUUCCUCUCCCCAGAGCCGGGCGGGAGGGGGUCCCUGAAGGUGGGGGCACCCUCAGGGCACUAUAGUGCCAGGAAAACGAGUAUGUUUUCCUGGCACUAUAGUGGUCCUUUAAUGCUGUACUUUUGUGCAUGUGCGAGAGUACAGCAGUGACGUUGGCAGCUGAAGCUACAGAAAUUGGAGAGCACCCGCCAGAAGAAGAUGACUACACCCACGAGGGACAGGUAAGUAGAACUCACCUUUACCUGCCCCCACCCGACACCCAGCGGUGAUGUCACCAUCAGAGGUCUUUGCUGAUUCUGCAAAGUCCCCAGACGGUGACAGUGCUGCUUUAAAUAUAAAACUGUUUAAGAAUGGUUUGCCACUUAUGAUGUGUCUCUCGCUACUAGUCUUGGUGUAUAGAUCAUGUCCCUGCUGUCUCACUAUAGUACUCGUACUUACACAGCCUUCCUAAACACCUCCUGUAAAGACUAAUCUGUUUAUACUUCCUGUUUAAUUUAGAAUGUAUAUUCUCCUGAACUGUUAAAAGCUUGCUAGACCCUGCCGAAGUCUCCUGUAUGUUAUUAAAGUUCAAUUUACAGAGCAGGCGAUACAAACAUUUAAAGUAAGUUAUAUCUGAUUGAAAAUAAAUAAAUAAAACCAUGUUUUCAUGCAGGCUGUGUCAGUCACAGCCAGGGGAGAGUGGGCAGAGCUGCAUAAACAGGAACAAAAAUGAUUGAACUCAUAAAUUGUAGUGAAUUGAGCAGUGAGACUGCAGAGGCAUGAUCUAUAAACAAAAACACAACAACUACUUAAUUAAUCUGAAGUUGCUUUGGUGACUAUAGUAUCCCUUUAAAAUGAAAAUAAACUAGCAUUUAAGCCCAAGUGUAUCCUUAUCUUGGGACAUACGCUAAUUAGCCGCAAUAUUAAAACCACAGCUCUGAUAGGGUGAGGCAUGGAUUCCACAAGACCUCUGAACGUGUCUUGUGGUAACUAUCACCAAUUCAUUAGCAGCAGGCCCUUUAUGUCCUGCAAGUUGCAAUGUGGGGCCUUCCUGGAUCACAUUUAUUGUUCCACAGAUGCUCAAUCUGAUUGAGAUCUGGGGAAUCUGUAGGUCAAGGCAACACCUUGAGCCCUUUGUUAUGUUCCUCAAACCAUUCCUGAACAAUUUUUGCAGUGUGGCUGGGUGCAUUAUCCUGCUGAAAGAGGCCACUGCAUUCAUAUAACAGCAUUGUCAUGAAGGGGUGUAGAUGGUCUGCAACAAUCUCUAGGUAGGUGUUACAUGUCAAAGUAACAUUCACAUGAAUUCCAGGACUCAAGGUUUCCCAGAAAAACAUUUCCCUGAUCAUAUCACUGCCUCUGCUGGCCUGCCUUCUUCCCACAGUGCAUCCUGCUGCUAUCUCUUACUCAGGUAAAUGACGCACAUGCACCCAUCCAUUCAGUUAAUCUAUAAGAAAAUGUAAGUCAUCACACCAAGUAACCUUCCAUUGUCCAGUUCUGACAGUGCGGUGGACAAAGGUCAUUAUGAGCACUGUAAACAGUCUUCAGCUAUGCAGACUCUUACACUGCGAACUGUGAUGCACUGUUUGUUCUGGCACCUCACUAUCAUGGCUGGCAUCACAUUUUUCAGCAAUUUGAGCACCGGUAGCUCUUGUGUGAUCGGAUCAGAUGGGUUAGCCUUGGCUUCCCACUUGCAUCAAUGAGUUUAGGGUGCUCAUGACACUGACACCAGUUCACUGGUUGUCCUUUCUUGCACCACUUUUAGUAGGUACUCGCCACUGCAUACUGGGAAUACUCCACAAGACUUGCCGUUUUGUAGAUGCUCUGUCCCAGUCUUCUAGCCAUAACUAUUUGGCCUUUGCCAAAGUCACUCAAAUCUUUUUGUAUUCCCAUUUUCCACCACACUAAAUUGAAGAACUGACUGUUCACUUGCUGCCUAAUAUAUCGGCCCCUUGACAGCUGAAUUUGUAACAAUAUAAUCAAUGUUAUUCACUUAACCUGUCAGUGGUUUUAAUGUUGUGGCUGAUCAGUGUGUCAUUAUAGUUACAGCUAUUUCGAUUAUGACCACUCAUUUUACAAUGUUUGUGUUUCUCUAUCCGUUCACGCUUCUCCUAUUCUCCUACCUGACAAGCAUGUUAAUCUCUUCUCCCCACAGCCCACUUCGGGCAUACUAUUUCCCUUAUUAAGUGAUUUUGGGGUACAGGUGCUGCCCAUGCAGCCUUGAAAAUCCAAACCGUUCCAUUUAGAAGAAACAUCACUGUUUGCGUUAUGCAGUUUACAUGCCUACUAAUGGCAGUCAGACAGCGAUUACCGACUUUCAAACAGAAAUAGAUUAAUUGAAUCUAUUUGAUGUCCUCCAUCACCAUGCAAAGUAUAUCCCUCCCAGCAUUUUAAAUGGACAAAGACAGACGCUUCAAAUUUAGGGGGUGCAGUGGGGGUUGCCAGGGUGGGGGGGGCUGUACUGACAAAUUUUAGGUGAUUUACUGUAACAAUCUAUACAUCUAUAAUGUAAUUUAGAACAAGAAUCCUUUAUCUUAUUUACCCAGGCUGAUUUCUAAUCAGUUAUUGUAAUUUAAAGACCCUUAACUGUAAAUGUUAUUGUUGUGGAAUCUCUGCCAUACACCCAGACAAACCAAUAAUACUAAGCUCCUACAAAGGAGAGACAUUCAGAUAGAAAAGAAGAAUAGAGCGAUUUGUUUCUAAAAUAAGGGCUAUCCCUUUUUAAAUAGAGACACUGGGGAUGUAUGAAAGUAUGCUGACAUUGUGCAUUUUAUUAAAAAAAAAAAAUAACAAAUGAUGUUUAACAUCAAAAAAGCAGGCCAAGCAGCUUUCUCAUACAUCGCUCUGGAAGUGUGAUAUGAAAUUCCAGUAGCCUGCAAUCUCCGAGAAGAACUGGCUCUGCAUAUCUUGAAUCGUACCAUACCUGUAAAAACUGCUAAUGGGUAGCCAUUUGUUUUGUGUAUGUUGGAAUAUGCAACCUUGUAAAUGUUUUGUAAAGCCAAGUCCUUGUUAGAUCUGAACCAGCUGACCAUCUUCAGAACUGAAAUCUGACUGCUUUCAGCUGAAUGGAGCAGUUAACUUUUUUUAUUAUUAAUACCCAUCUUUAUUAGAUAUAUCUCUUUAUAUUGCAUUUCUUAUUGGCACGGUUCUGAUCAGGUGAUCAGUUUAGAAUGAUGAGUGGGCUUUGACCUCUCUAUCUGCUGCCUUCAAUCCUAUACAGCACUCACAUGUUUCAAUCUUAUGGGUCAACAUCAACCCAAUCAUAUGGCAACAAAAAUAACGGUAGACUGUCAUAGGUGCACAUUGAUCACAAGUUAGUUCAGACAAGGAACUGCACAUCACUGCUGUCACGUGCUAGGUGGGUUGGCAAUCCCAAAUACCCAUGUCCUGCCUACCCUACCAGAUACGUAGUGUGAUUAACAGCAGCUUUAGCUAUAUAUGCCACCAAUAUGCUAAUUGUAAUAUGCAGUUAUUUAUAUUGUCAUGCCCAUUCAUUUUGCAAACUAUAUACUAUUCUAUGUGCUUUAAUAUCUGAUAAAUGCGGAUCUGUGUGUCUUCACCAACAUUAAAUGUUUUUUUUUUUUGGUUGCAGAUCGCUUAUAUUUUGCUACCUUGAGGAAUAAACCAAAGAGCACUGUAAAUACGCACUACUUCUGCACAGACGAAGAAUUUGUAUAUGAGAAGUAAGUACUUCUAGCUCAUAUGUUACAUUUAUGCUCUUCUAUAAACAUAUAUAGAUGAAAUGCUAAGACAUCCAUUGCUUUCCUAAGAUAUAUUUAGAGGGAUAUUUAUCAAAAUGAGAAUUGUUAGGAAUUCAAUGUGAAUUUCUUAUUUGAGGCCAAAGUAGCCGAACUGGAAAAACUCUUUAGUUUAGACAUCGUUCCAGUUUGGCUUGUUUUGAGGCAGAUGUUUUUUCUCAAUAAAUGCAGCUAAGGUUAAAGGAACAUUAUAGUGUCAGGAACAGAAACGUGUAUUUAUGACCUUAAAGUGUUUUUAACACUAUAAGCCCCCUGUACCUAUCUUAAAUACAGUAAAAACUCACCUAUUUACACCAUCACCAUGCCCCAGAUCCACUUCCUUGGCUGACUUCAUCAGAAUUGACGAUCUCAGCCAAUCCAAUGCUUUCCCAUAUGAAAGCAUUGGAUUGACUUAGAUCAAUUCUGAUGAGCUAAACCAAGGAGGCGGGGCGGGGGGAGAACCAAACUCUACCCUGGCCAAUCAGCAUCUCCUUAUAGAGUCAUUGAAUGCAGAGCGUGAAAAGGCAGUGUUUACAUGAAAAUGUCUGCAGGGACUGACUAUACUUACCAGAACAACUACAUUAAGCUGUAGCCUGUAGUUCUGGUAAUUAUAGUGUCCCUUUAAUAUGUAAGACACUAAAACUUUGUGACAUGUGUCUCUGACCUCUUCUGUUGAAGUACUGUAUGAGCAUAUGCAAGCCGAUGCAUUUAUUGCAUGGUGCCUUGUGGCGUCGACAUGCAUGGCAUUUUGAGGUUCAGAGUAAUUUGUUUAAAAUGACUGGCUGCACAUGUACCAUCAUUCACAUUAUGCAAGUUGAAAAAAAAAUUUACAUUUUUUUAAUAGCACAACUCAGUUAAUGUUUAGCUAGCUGCUGGCUGCUGACCCCCCAGAAUGAAUGAUAUUAAUAUGCCCUAUUAAUAAGUAGACCACACGAGUUAACACAGUAACUACAAUUUUCCAGUCCCUUCAGGUAUCAAUUAGCACAAACCCGUCAGAUUAGUGAUUUAAUGCUGCUACUUAUAAAUGUCAGUGAAAGACUGUUUUCUCAGCGAACCACCACAACUAUUAUACUUAUACCUACAUAUACAGGUUUUUUACUAUAGAGAAUUGCCAGGAAUUUGAAGUAAAUUUCAAAAUUUAGGCCAAAGUAACCAAAUUGGAAAAAUGAUCCAAGUUAGUUCCUUUUUGGACUUAAAUUUUAAAUUCACUUUGAAUUCACGUUGAAUUCAAACAAUUGCCACAUUAGUCCCACCUUAAUAAUGUCACAACACUAAACUUAACCAAACUAAGAAUAAGAAUUUCCUGUUGAUCGGUUGAAGACAUUGCAAGUUAUUUCUACAAAUCAUCCUACUCCCACCACCCUUAACCCUGCAAGGUAAUUUAUGCAGAAGGGUUAAGUCCUCCUCUUGUGGCGGGAACAGUCUCGUCCACUGGCCGACGCAGUCAGGAGGAGCGGCGCGGAGGGAGAAGCAGCGACGUUGGACAUCGUCGCUGCCUCAGAAAAAGUUACUGAAGGGGUUUUCACCCCUUCAGGAACCGGGGAUUGCGUGGUGGGUGGGAGAGGGAACCUGCAGUGCCAGGAAAACUGAUUGUUUUCCUGGCACUGGAGUUUCCCUUUAGAGGGAUACUCCGGUCACAAUAACAACUUCAUCUAAAUUAUUAUUAUUUAUAAAGCACCCAAAAAUUCCGUAGCGCUGUACAAUAGGUGGACUAACAGACCUGUAUUAGCAAGAAGAUGAGCUGGACACACAGGAACAGUUGGUGUUGAGGGCCCUGUUCAAAAGGAGUUACAAUCUAGAUAAAUUUGUUACCGUGCCAGGAGGCCCCCAGUGCACUGUUACGUGCAGAGUGCCGCUAAGCAGCACUGCUCUAAGUCAAUCCGUAGCUCCCCAUUGAUAAAAAAAGGUACGUUUCUUUUUUUUUUUUUAUCGAUGGGGAGCUACAGAUUGGCUUAGAGUGUCAGCUGAUGCUCUAACCCAGUCAGCUGCGCCCCUGCCUGGCGGCACUCUGUGCUCCUGUUACUGAGAUUCAGAAGACCGAUUCCAUCUGGGGGACCUGGUAUGUGCUCGAGGUAUCCUUUGGGGAUAAACCAUUCGCAGAAGGUUUAACCCCUUAAAGACACCUGACGUGUGUGACAUGUCAUGAUUCCCUUUUAUUCCAGAAGUUUGGUCCUUAAGGGGUUAAGGUAAGAGUAAGAGUGUGCCCGGGGCCUCCUGGCACCAUAUCAACUUAACUUAGAUGAAGUUGUUAUGGCAAACUGAGUGUUCCUUUAAGCUUUUUGUUAUAGAAGAUGGCUUGGAAAUGGAGAGUUUCAGGUUAUGUAUGCAGAUUUUCUAGCUAUUUGCAGGAAGCAAAAAGGGGGUAUUUGACAAUCACCAAGUGCCACAAGUUCUCAAAAGUUGUAGUUCACAUGUAUGAGAGUAUCUAUGACACCUGCAUGCGUGCUUUCUUGGUAAAUACUGGGGUUUAUUCACAAAACAGGCAGUUGCAAAGAUUUACAAAUACUGGCUCAUGAUAACCAUACUUAAAGGGACUCUCCAGUGCCCCUCUAGCUACUUACCUGAAUCCAGCGCCGAUGUCUCUCGGCGCUGGGUCAGGCACCACCCACACUCCUCCCCUGCCGACGUCAGCCGGCGGGGGAAACCUAAUGCGCAUGCACAGCAAUGGCCACGCGCAUUAGACCUCCUCAUAGGCUGCUAUGAGAAAAAUCUGACGCUGGAGGUCCGUAAGGACAUCCAGCGUCAGAUAAUGGACCAAAAGUCUGUUAUGAAUCCGGAGGCGCCCCCAGUGGCUGUCUGAUAGACAGCCACAGAGGGCAGACUUAGAGCUGCAAUGUAAACAUUGCAGUUCUCUGGAGGGGCACAGCACCCAGACUACUUCAAUUAGCUAAAGUGGUCUUGGUGCCUGGAGUGUCCCUUUAAUAUCUCCACUUUUUUUUUUUUUUUCCAUGUCAUGGGUACUUUUACCAAACUUUUGCAAUUCAAGUGUGAGUUCUCCAUGAUUUCUGCAACCUGAUUUACAUCCUAUGGUACAAAGUGCCGUUUUAUGUGUCACAUGUUUUUGCUCAUAAUUUAAAUGGGUUCACGUAGUAAAUGCAUGUUUAUUUCAACACGGAAAUGUAGCACUCAGAGCAGAGUGUGGAUAUUAGUGUGUGUGUGUGUGUGUGUGUGUGUGUAUGUAGAUCACUCUUAGUUCAUGUAUGAACUAGGUAAUGCUCUCUGUCUUGCAUUAGUGGAUUGAUUAGUAAAACAUUAUGUAGACAUACUGUCCUUGAAUUUUAUAACCGCUCUAAUCUUUCAUGAGGUUUUACACUGAAAUGGACACUAUAGGCACCAAAACAACUUUAAUUUAUUGAAGUAGUUUUGGUGUAUAGAUCAUGUCCAUGCAGUCUCACUGCUAACUUUUCUGCCAUUUAGGAGUAAAUCACUGUUUAAGUAGCCCUACUCACACUUCCCUGCAUGUGACCCUCACAGCCUUCCUAAACACUUUGUGAAAAGAUACCUAGAUAUUCUAGGUUAUUUUAUUGCAGUCUGUUUAAUCUAGAAUCUCUAUCUUCUGCACUGUUUGUAGCCUGCUAGACCCUGCAGGAACCUCCUUUGUGUAAAUACAGUUACAUUUACAUAACAGGAGAACUUCUAAAACGAGUUAACAUCCAAUUGAAAAUGAAGUUGUGUUUUUUUUUUUUUGUUUUUUUUUUCAUGCAGGCUGUGUCAGUCACAGCCAGGAGAGGUGUGGCUAGAGAUACAUAAUUAGAGCCAAAAGUGGUUUAACUCCUAAAUGGCAGAUAAAUGAGCAGUCAGACUGCAGGGGCAUGAUCUAUAUAUCAAAACUGCUUCUUUAAGCUAAACUUGUUUUGAUGCCAGUAGUAUCCCUUUUAUAUGUUUUUUUUUAUUUUUUUAUUUUUUUGCUGCUGAGAAAUAUGUUACAGCUUCCCUGAUUCCAUAACAAAUAACAAGGAAUCUAAGUGGAAUGACUGGUGUCAUUCUUAGUGCUAAAAAAAAAUUUAAAUACAUUUUUUUGCACUUGCUCUGCCUAUGUGUGAUACAUGCAUUUUCAUGUAAAUCAGUCUGCAGAGAGUAAACGUUGAGUUGAUAAUUUAUUGGUUUUUCAUCAGCUCGAGCCAGUUCUUAAAGGAACACUUUCAUCUCAAUAACAAUGUAAGCCCAUUUCAGUUGUUAUGGGGGCAGGAGUGACCAGCAUUUAGGGGCAGACACAGCUUUCUCCUCUCUGCACUGCAGGCGAUCCCAUAAUGCACAGCUUGUGUUUCCACUUCUAACGUUGUGUCAAGUAAAGGAUUUUGGGAGGAAACAAAAAAGUUAUUUUACUGAAAUAACAGUUUAGCAAUAAUAUGUAAAAAUUUUAAGUUUUAUUCCACAAACUUCGAAUUGCUUUAAGUUCAGAUCUAAAUAGGGAAAUCUAGGCUAAAGUAGUUGAUCUGGAAGAACUUUCCAAUUCAGCUCUAGUCACAGCUUGGCUGUGUUAGUCUUAAUUUUGCCAUUUAGGUUUUCUUUGACUCAAACCAUGAUUAAGCCCUUAAGUUCAGGAGUAAUUAUUAAUUUAUAAAAAAUUAUUAGCAGUUUGACUGUUGUAAUUUAUACAUAUUAUCUAUAACGUACUAGCAUGUAGGUUUUGCAUGAGACACUUUAAAACAGGCUUCCCCAAACUCCGGCCCUCCAGAUGUUGCUGAACUACAACUCCCUCGAUUCUAUGAAUGAAAUAGAUGGGCUGAGAAUCAUGGGAGUUGUAGUUCAGCAACAUCUGGAGGGCCGGAGUUUGGGGAAGCCUGCUUUAAAAUAACAAAACAAAAAAUGGUUAACGAAUGGCACUUAAAUUCUUGUAUAAAAUGUCUCAGGAGUUAAUAAUCUCUUUGAGGAAUUUGUGUAAAUGUAGGUUAGUAACACUUAUUAUACACGUGUUAGAACUUAAAUAGUGCAAUAAAACACAGCCUACAAUAAAUGUCACACUGUCACCAGGGAGUCACAGUUGUUAUGUAGACUGUGAAUUUGCAUAUGGAUAUUGGCAUCGGUUAGUUUUUUAUUUAUGCAGAAGUUCCAACACUGCAUAAAAGUAACUGGUAUUAGUCUUGUUCUGCCCACUGCUUUAUUGGGAAUAUUGUUGAAUGUGCUCUGUGCUUUAUAAAAGAAAUGAUGGCCUGCUUUCAUAUAGCUAAAGCAACAGCAAGCAAUUUGCAUUCACUUGCCCAGGUAGCUCCAUUCAUUUUUAUUAAGUGAAUUAAGAGAUGCUCAUCGAGUCCCAUUCAUUUGUUAGGAAACCUAGCUGUGUGUGUUUUUCAUAAAGCACAGGUUAGUAUACAUCUUGCUAGUUAAAUUGCCUAAAUAAUUCCUGUUGAAAUUGAGAAACAGGAGAUUAGCAUAUUCGGCCAUACAUUCUUUUCCUUCAAUGUAAACAAAUGUAUCAGCAUAGUUAACCCCUUUAAAGGAACACUAUAGGGUCAGUAAUACAAACAUGCAUUCCUGACCCUAUAGUGUCUAGGUAGCCUGUCACCCUUCAAAAGGUAAACGUACCUUAGUUUCCAGCUCUCUGCCAUAAAUAGUGAAGGUGAGGAACGGUGCCAAGUAGAUCCCAGCUAAAAAGUCAAACUGUCUUUACAAUGGAGGGGUGACAGAGCCCCCUUGAUACUAUAACCAUUACAGCAAUCUGAAGUGGUUAUUGUGCCUGGAGCUUUCCUUUAAUUCUGCUUCCACAUUAUGUAAAAACCUUUAUGUUCUAAAUCCUUUGAGGUGACUGUUUCCUUUAAGCAGGGUGUGUAAAGCAAAACCAUUCAUUGAUGUACUGACUCAUACACCUGAAUUUAAUAAGUUAGGGUAGGGGAUACACUUUUUGGCAGUAAAUGACAAAAAUAAGUCUUUUACAUAAACUAUCCAUAUAAAAUGUAGCUUAAAAGAAUACUAAAUCACUACUUGUCAACACAUUCAAAUGAUCCUCCCCCACAGAUAAUAAUGUAAUAAAAUAAGGAAAUGAUCAAAAGGGUGCGGAGAAAGGGUGACCGCAUCCAGUAUUUUAGAUGUGUAGUAUUUUUUUAAAUUAUUGCUUCCAUCAUGUAAUGUACUCAGUAUAAUUACAAAACCUGGUAUGUUAAUGCUUUAUAACUUAUUUAUAUUAAUCAGUCAUACCUAACCAUGUAUUGCAUGGUCCCAAUGGCAAAUUCAUUUUGUUCCGAUUUUUGGUUGAUGGUCCGCUGUGUGCUGUACCUUUAGAAUUAAAUACAGAAAUGGACUGGGUUAUCCACUAUACAGGAAACUACAAAGAACUGACAAGGGAGUUGGACAUUUUACUAAAAAAUGUAAAAGUUGGAAAAAUAAUUAUUCUGUUAUAAAAUUGGAAAUUUCUUUGUAAAUUAUAUUUGCUGAUUUAGUGAAUAACCCAUUUGUGAUAAUAUAAAAAGAAGCUUUAUAAAAAAAAUAAAUAAAGAAAUUCUCCUCUAUUCACCUGCUUUCCAAAUUCUCACAUGAUAUAGGUAGGAAUACAGGUAUGAAUUGUAAAUGCAUACUUCCCAACAGUCCCAGAUUAAACGGGACUUCCGGAAUUUGGGCUCCUAACAAGAAUAGCCUAACCCACAGGUUUUUGAGAGUUUGUUACAUGCUUACUAUAUAAAAUGAAUAUUCUACGUAGCAAAAUUACAAAUUUAAUUUGCAAUUUGACAAAUUAAUAGGAUUGUAAAUAAAUGUAUGGAUUAAAGCGAAAAAAAUGAAGUGUUUAAUUGUAGCAGUAGAGUACAGACUGCCGUAAUCAUUAUUCUGUGUUCUACAUUCACAUUGCAAACAGUGGUUGGGGUGAGAGUCAUUUUAAAUUGUCAAUUGAUAGGGUGCCCACUACCUAAUACCAUUACCCUGCCACAGCUCCUAACAUUGAGAGGUGGGAAUCUGGAAUGCGAGGGUGAGCUUUACGAUGUCCGGUGAGCAAACUGUGUGCAUGUGCAGAAAACUGUACAUAGAUCUUCUAUGACACACACUGGAAUUAUAGUCGUUUGCAUUGAGAGUCUUUCAAAAAUGUGUGACUCUGGAGAAAUAAUGAUCUGAGGCAAAUGGCCGAUGUGAUGCUGCUACCGUCUCCCCUUUUCCUGUAAUGAAAAAAUUCCGUGUUUUGCCGGGUAAUUGUGCUGACCUCUGGUCCCCAAUAAAUAUCGGUAACUGCACUUCUUCCCCAUGCUACAUGAUUUCUAUUAAAUCUUUUAUGUCCUGUUUGUGAUCCAUUGUUCUUAAUACUGUGUGGGUGUGUUCCUUCCUGGACACUCUGUAAAGCUCUUUACUAGGCUCUGAGCCGUCUCUGAAACCUGCACAGUUACACGAGACUGAAUCUCUUCCUCCGUUUCUUUUUAAUUUUUUUCCACAUCCUCAUCUGUCUGCUUUUUUUUCCAAUCAGCUUGGUUCCUUCUUGACAUCAUUGUCUAUUUUAUCACCUUUCUCAACAUAUAUCCUUUGCAUUUUGUGCUUUAUCUGUCUAGUACACCUUCCCUGGGGGUCCAUGUGUCAUUCUCAUCUCCUCCUCUAUAGUUGUUUAUGGUCUUCUCUUUAGUGUUUGUCUCUCUUUUCCAUUUCUUAAACGUUAUUCCCCCGUCUCCCUGUGUUACUGCUACAUUUUCAAAUCUGUUUAAUUCUCUCUUCAUCUAAUUAGAUACUGAAGAUCCAUAAAGUCUCAGUCAUAUCCUUAUGAAGACAACUGUAAAUUUGUGCAUUCAUUUAGAUUUAAUUACCUCUUAGAGGGACAUAGACUAGUUUGUACUUAACUAACCUUUUUAAGACUCUCCGUGCCGAUUUGUUUUCUCGUUCUUUUUUGAUGUGUGAACCUAGACGUGUUUCCUUUAUCUCUGAGGUUAUUAUUUAUAAAGAACAGUUUUGAAGAAGUGUUCUAAACUUGAAAAAAUAAGCUGAAUAUUCUGAUGGUUUCUGUAGUAAUUUGUAUUUAGAACUUUGACCUCAAAUUGUUCUAUGUUCAUAAUCUCCAUGCUCUGACCAUAAAAUGCGUUGGUCAGAAUAAUUACAGGUGUAUAGACCACACGGAGACAUUCGGCUAUUAUCAGUAGAUGCACAAGUAUUUAUGGGCUUCCAUGAUUAGUUUUUUUUAUUACUUGAUGAUGGCUAUAUGGUUUACUACUUAAUGUGUUUAGUAGUGAACUGCCCUGUGGAAGGCGUGGGACGACAGCCAUUAUGUGUGUCCCCAUCUCUCAUACUUCAGCUGGGUCACCUCCGCAGUGCAAAUGUAGGGAGGGUUUUUGAUUCUCAUUUCAACGAUAUAGAUGUUCAGUGCAAAUGUUUUCUUAACCUUUUUUAUUAAUGCAAUUUGCAGAGAAUACAAGUGUUAUGAGCAUUAUUUAUCCAGUGUAGUAAGUUGCAUGUUUUUCACACAGGAAACCUAUUCGAGUGGAAACAUUGCAGUAAAAAAAGAAAUCUGGUUGGUUGUAUUUGGUGGAUGGAUAGCGGUUAAAACAUCAAAAACACAUGUAAUAAUAAUAUUAUGCAGUACUAUUUAAUGACAAACAUAACCAAAAACAGAAAGGGAAGGAGGUAUAUAAAUAUGUAAUUGUAUUCGUGAAUGCAUCAAUUGUUUGAAUGUAUUUGUAAUAUUUCUUAGUAUAUAAAAUUGAAUGCUAUUGAUUCAUUUUGGUGUUAUUCACUAAGCUCCAAAUUUACCUGUGUGAUAUCCAGAAUUUAAAGUUUAGUUUUUCAUUUAGAAACAUAGAAACAUAGAAUGUGACAGCAGAUAAGAACCAUUCAGCCCAUCUAGUCUGCCCAAUUUUCUAAAUACUUUCAUUAGUCCCUGGCCCUUUCUCAUAGUUAGGAUGGCCUUAUGCCUUUCCCACACAUGCGUGUUAACCCCUACCACUUCAGCUGGACGGCUAUUCCAUGCAUCCACUACCCUCUCAGUAAAGUAAUACUUCCUGAUAUUAUUCUUCAAACUUUGACCCUCUAAUUUAAGACUGUCCUCUUGUUGUGGUAGUUUAAAGGAAUCUGGAGAUAAACUGGGCUAGUUGGAGACUAGUCCUAAAUGUGCUGCUCCCAGUAAGACAAAGCGGUGUCUGCUAAAAAGAAACAAGCUUGGAAAACUCUGAAACCUGUAAUCUGCACUGCAGAAUUUGCCCUAAAAUACCCUCCAACUUGCGCUUCCUUUACACUUUGCCCCUUUUCUCUUGACAUCUGGUGACAGAGCCACUCAUUCAGGUGAUGGAGAGGACUGUUGGUGCAUCGUAUGUCACAUGAUAAAAUUGUGUGAAUUGACAAGUCUGCAUGCAAAGUAUAGGAAGUCAAAUAUUUAUAUUGCCCUUCCUCAGCAAUUAUUUACUCCUUCAGCAAUCCCUAUUUUCUGCUAAAUCAAUCCAUCUGUGUUUCCUCACAUGUGUUCAUUCUGCUUCUAAUAUAUAGGAUCAUUGACUUGGUUAACCCGCUUUGUCCUAUACCCACCUAUGCUUCAGUAUUACCAUUGGGAUUUUAUGCCUUAAAAAUGCAGAAUGGCUCCAAAUACUAACAUGAAUCCAUUUGAUCUGUUAUGUCUUAUACUAUUUCAGAUAAGGCUUUAACACAUUUUUAUUCUUUACCCUCAGCUUUUAUGCAGAUUUUGGACCUCUGAACCUUGCCCUGCUCUACAGGUUCUCCUGCAAGCUCAACAAAAAGCUUAAGGUAUGUUUAGCUCUCUAUCUCUCUGAAUACUGCGAUUUCACACUGCAUACACCCAGUGUCCUGACUGCGGUAUCUUACUGCAUGCACUCAGUAUUCUGACUACGAUCCCUUACUGCAUGCGCCCAGUGUCCUGACUGCGAUCCCUUACUGCAUGCGCCCAGUGUCCUGGCUGCGAUCCCUUACUGCAUGCGCCCAGUGUCCUGGCUGCGAUCCCUUACUGCAUGCGCCCAGUGUCCUGACUGCGAUCCCUUACUGCAUGCGCCCAGUGUCCUGGCUGUGAUCUCUCACUGCAUGCACCCAGUGCCCUGACGGCAAUCUCUCACUGCAUGUGCAGAGUGUCCUGGCUGCGAUCUCACUGCAUGCGCCCAGUGUGCUGACUGUGAUCUCUCACUGCAUGCACCCAGUGCCCUGACGGCAAUCUCUCACUGCAUGCGCAGAGUGUCCUGGCUGCGAUCUCACUGCAUGCGCCCAGUGUGCUGACUGUGAUCUCUCACUGCAUGCACCCAGAGUUCUGACUGUCAUCUUUCACUGCAUGAGCUCAGUGUCCUGAGUGCAUGCACUCAGAGCUCUUAAAGGAACACUGUAGGCACUACAACCAUUUAAUCUAAUUGAAUUAGUUAUAGUGCCUGGAGUCCAUUGGCACUGUCCCUCCAUUCAAUAUCAAACUAUUUUUAAGCAGUUUAACACUGAAUGAGGACCCUCGGCCUACCACAGUCUGCCCCCUGCUGAAGGUAUGACUAAGCCAGAGAUUACACACUUCCUUCUAACCAAAUAAAUUUAUAACAGCAACGGAUACUGUGAAAGGCUGAAUACGGUCAGCUGACACUCUCAGCCAAUCAUUGUUGGCCAUUAAUGCUGAGGAUAAUGCUUCCUCAUUAGCCCAAGCAGCACAGAGGGGACGGGCUGAUGGGGACUCUAGUUAAGCAUUAAAACAUAAAAAUUUGUUUGCACUGAAUGGAAGGACAACUCAUGAAAUAAAGUAGUUACAGUAACUACAGGGUCCCUUUAAUGUGACCUCUAAUUGUUUGAAACUAGUAUUCUGACUGUGACCUGGUUGUUUGUAAGCUCUCAUUGAAUCCAAUCAGCACUGCAAACUCUCACAUCUAGUAUUGUGACCAUGACUUCUCCCUGCAAUCACUUGUCACUUAUUGUGACAUAUCACUUUGUGUCCUGACGUGACCUGUCACCCUAUGCACCCAGUAAUCUCUUAUGGUACUGUCACUGCAUGCAGAUUUUUUUAACUGCAUAUACAGGGUGGCCCGUAAGUCCCUACCCACCCAUAUAUCUUAUGUAUCUGUGUGCUGGAUGGGUACACUGCUAUACAUCACUCCAUACUCUCCAGCACUGGGUUUAUGGCUUCACAUAUUUUGAUCUCAUUUAACUCCCUCUUGUCUUUGUCUGCAUCUGAAUUUUCUGGCCUUUCUAUGACUGUGUGUCUGCCAGAUGCUGACUCCUCCUACUGAACGACGUUUUCUCAUGCACACACUUUUGUAUUUACUUGUUCACCAUAGCUACAUAUGAAUGCAGUGCACCCUACUCUAACUCUACUUUCUCACAACACAGAAGCCAUCUUCAGGGACUGAAUCCAUCUAUCCUUAGUCCACACUUGUACUGAUAUGGUCAUUUUAUUGUUUCAUUGUUACAGGAUGAUUAUUGAAAUCAGUGAAUUUUAUGCUAUGUCUCACCGGAACUGAAUGUAUUAUUGCACAGCAUUUAACUCUAUUGCUAUCUUAAUGGCCACACAUCGUAUUUUCAUUCAUAUCAUGUGUUUUCAUUUUCUUCUUUCUAUCCGAUUCUGUACUUCCACACCUGAUGAACCCUCCAGGUCUAUUCAAAAUAUGGGAUAUAAUUGAUGUAAUUUAUCCCCUGUUUGUUUCAAAUUUUAAUUGCAUGUUACCAAGACUUGGCUUUCUAACCAAGGUUUACAGGCUUCAUUGGUUUGAUAUUUCCCAUUUAAUCAUAUCGAAUUAGGCAAUGCUUGCCCUAUUAACAAAUAUGAUAUUUCCUAUUGUUUUAUAUCUAUGCCAAUCUGUUUCCAGGAGAUGAACCGGCAACAAUAUAGACAAGUCCCUUGGAAUGAAAUGAACCAGUGUUAGGAUCCCUUCCCCCUGCUUUGUUAUCUGUCCCCUCCCCGAUUCGCUCUGAUUGUGCAAGGAAUCUGAGCUUCGUGAGCUCUACACAAAUAACCAGUCUCUUUGUACCAACUUUGAAAUCGAAGCAAAUCCAGCUAGCCACCUGAGUGCCAAGUACAUGCUAGGAUCUAAAUACCUUCUCAGAAUGCACCGUAGCUUGUGCCAUGCCAGUCCUCUCCUGGGGUAAACCUGCCUCCUAUUAUACUUUUGUCAAAGAUCAGGGAGUCUGAUAAAUGGCCUCUUUAACAGAGCUGUCAUGUGUCCAGUUUUACCAAGACAAGCCCAGCAUUAGCAGAAAUGCCCCAGUUUUCCCAGAAACUGUUGGGUGUGUGUGUGUGUGUGACCCAGAUAAAUUGGAUCUUUUCAUUAUCCACAUGAGAUUGAAGCACAGCAGAUAGCCAUGCUCAUGGUUGUGUGGGAAAGAGCAGGAGCCACUGGGAGGACAAACUCAGUAGGUACUGUGUAAUUGGUAAUUGCAAUCUGUCUCACUUGCGUAGGGUGCUGGAUGGCAAGGGGGCCCUGACAUCCAUCUCUGCCAUCCCAAACUCAGAUAUUUCUUCUUAUAUACAAGAUCAGUUAUCCAGGUGCCCUCUUGCUGAAAUAAUAUAGAGAGAGCCUUGUUAUUGUGAGUUUCAAGGUACCAUUCACAGGGUUUGUAGGCGAUCUCUCAUAAUCUCAGACUUAAUUAUAUAAAAAAAAAUAUGUACUUGUAUUUCUCUAGCUCUGUUCUUCAAGUUUGUCAGUAUACCCACCAACUGGUAAGGAUUAGAGGGUAUUUCUACUGGUUCAUGGGCUAAGUGUCAAUCACCUGUCUUGGAGUAUGGAUGUAAUAAAAAUUCUGGCAUGUUGGUGGGUGCUGUAAAAACAUUUAAGAGCACUGUCCUAGAUCAUUAACUAGUAUAAAUUCUAACAACGCUUUCUGUCAUCUCCCAGGUUAUGUUGUUGCAUGUUAAUAAAUGUGGUGUUACAAUCACACAUUAUUAAUUUGUGUGGAUUGUCAGCAAUUAACUUUUGAGACCACAAAAGCCGAAUUUAAAACUUAGCGGAUAUCAUAAGUUUUCCUAUUUGGCUAUAGUGGUUUAAAAUGUGAAAUUCACUUUGAAUUCAUUGUCAGGGCUAUUCACCAGAGUGGGAAAUCGGUUAAUUCCAAAUAUAAGGUCAAAAUAGCCGAACAGGAAAAAUUCUCUUAAGUUACCCAUGCUUUUUGUUCAGCUAGUCUGUCCUUAAAUUUGACAUUUCCUUUGAGGUCUCUGUUUCACUGCAAGGCACCAUGCAAACAGGUUAAUCAGAACUGUUUGGAUCAUGAACAGAUUGCUUUCUGCUGUGUUUUGGUUACUAUAGCAAGUUGUAUUUAGUAAUUAAGUGAUCUAAUAACCUACCUCCCCCAUCCUUAUUCUUGGGAGGGUGCAAAGGCUAAUUUCUUUAAUACAUUAUGAAAGGUUAACAUCUCUUGCAGUAGGUGUUUCAUAAUGUUUACAAAGACAAUAAUCGUGGCAACUUAAUGUAUUUAUAUUUUUAUAUAGACCUCUAUAGAUAUACAUCUGUGGCUUCUAAAAAUAAUUCAAUAGUGCAUUUGUCUGAGUGACAAAUGGACCAAAAAAAGUAUUCACAAAAAUAAACCGCUUCAAACCUUACAAAUGAACUUAAAAUAGAUUAAGAUGUUUAAGUUAAAUUGUAAGGAAUCUAAAGUCCAAAAAUAAGUUUUCAGGUAUUUUACAGCAGCACCACUAUUAAAGGGACACCGUAGGCACUGUAUCUGCUUCAUCUCAUUAAACUGGUUAAAGUGUCUGGAGUCCUCUGGUCCCAUCAUUUCUAUCAGCAUUAAACAGUUUUUAAAGUUUUAAUGCUAAACAAGAGUCCCCGGCAAUCCAUCCACUCUUUGCUGCUUUGGCUAAUAAGGAAGUAUUAGCCUGAGCAGCAAUGGGCAGCUGUGAUUGGCUGAGAGUGUCAGCUGACUGCUUUUAGCCUGUCAGAGUUCCAACUGACGGUAUGAAUGGGUAUGACAACAAGGAAGUGUGUAAUCUCUGCCUUAGCUACACAUACUGAAGGGGCCGGACUGUGGGUGGCCAGGGACUCUUAUUUUGUGGCAUACUGCACGAACAUGGUGCAACGCUGAAUGGAGGGACAGUACCAGGGCACUCCAGGCACUAUAACCAAUUCAAAGAGAUGAAAUGCUUAUAGUGACUACAGUGUCCCUUUAAGAAAGCAUGUGUCCCAAAUUCUUGCUACUUUGUAAACCAAUUCUGAAAUAAUUCUAAAUAUAUAAUAAAGAGCAGUUAUGAAUAUUCAGAUACUUAGUAGACUCUGAUUUAUAUGCAAAUUGAAAACGUGUACAGUAAUGAUUUGGAGUGAAAUCGGGCAUUAUCGUGAGAUGCAAUGUGAAGAAAGAGCAGGACAUUAUCAGUUUUCAAUGCAGACGCUGAUUAAUGAUAAGCAGUUGAAAGCAGCAUUGUAAACAGCAGUGAUUGCAGUGUGUAAUACUGUGUUUCAUUGUUCAGAAUGUUUGGAGAAGCUGUUCUUUGCUGAGGAUGUUGAAGGUAAAGUUUGGCAGCUGAAUGCUACUUUGCUUGUGUAUGUAUAUGUUGCCCAGAGAUCACCAAGGCAAUACGACGGUGUGUGUGUGUGGUCACAACCAGGGGCAGGACUGUUAAUUGCUUCCUGCAUGUUGUGGGAUUUCAGUACAGCACACAAUGCAUCUCUCUCUAACCCUAGCUUGGGGCACUAGUAAUGGUAGAAUUGGAAUUGUAUUGAAAAAGAGACUAUAUCAUGUCCAUUUGUUCUGUUUGAUUACACUGCUUUAUGAGCAUAACCCAAGGCAACCUCCAAGUUUAUGCAUUCUAUCCCACAAGGUCACUGCACAUGUAAGGAGUGAUCAGUUAUAUUGAUCCUUUUCAGAUUAACAGUGUAAGGGACACAUACUGUGAUCAUUCUAAAGGCAUUCACAGAACAGUGUAUUGUAAUGUGUUUACUACCAGUUUAGGGAAAUAUACACGCAAAUUGGCCAUCUCAUCUGUUCUCACCUAAUGUUUCAAUUUAUUCACAAUUUGCUGUUAAGUUAAUAAAUCCAACUCGCUAGAACACCUGUCUUUUCUGUAAACCCAACAGUUUGUAUGCCUCUAACCCCUUAUGUCCCUCACAUCUCCUAUCGGGUUUAUGUCCCUGCACCUUGAUUAAAGGACAACUGGUCACCUCAAAACUAUAUAAAGUUUAAAAAAAAAAAAAAAAAAAAAAUAAUAUAUCUAUCUCUAUCUCAAUGAAGAGAGCACUCCAGAGGAUUUUUUUCAAUCAAACUUUAUGUGUAGUGAAGAUAUAUAUUUGUCGUGUGUGUGUGUAUAUAUCUAUAUCUAUAUAUCUCUCAAAAUAAAAAAAAGCUCAACUUUACCUUAUAGUAUACUACAGCUAUACACAAGCAAAUUGGAUCAGACAGUGUUUGAAAACCGAUAUUUAAGAAAUCCAUCAUAGAAAUAAGGCAUAUUGACUAACCAAUUUCUUCAUUUGAACAUUCUGUCUUCAUUGACCCUUAUUGUAGUCACAUACUGUUUACACGCUAUGCUGGUUACACCCCCACCCCUAUUUCUACUGUGAACAAAAUGUACUUUACCUUUAAUCUAUUGUGUAAUUGUGCCUUAUUUCAUUUAGAUUGGAAGCAGGGCCCUCACUACCUCCUUGUGGGUUUAACUUAUUUGCAUGUUUUGUAAAAGCACUGAGGAACAUGACAGCACCUUCUAAAUAAUAAAAAUAAUAAUAAUAAUGAGAGAACUUGGCAUGUUAUGUAAAAGUAACAUUUUUGUUUUGUUGUUUCAGUCUGGAUUUUUAUAUUUAUGUGACAAAAUUAAGGUAUAUAUGGAUUUAUUUUGUAUAUUGAUUGCUGAUUAAUUUUCUAUAUAGGCUGAUUGUCCUGCAAUAUCGCAUUUCUUUACCUUUAUUUUACCUCAUUACAUUGUGGACACAGAACCCACAAUAGCCUCCUGGUCCAGCGAAGUCCCACAAAAGGGUCAAGGCAACUAAAUAUUUGUUUGACUAUUUUGUAUAUUUACAUACGAUGUAAAAUCCAGAAGUUAAAGGACCACUAUAGUGCCCCCUUUCGGCAAGAUCUGCGCGCGCAUUCAGCCAGUCUCAUAGGAAAGCAUUUACACUAGAGGCGUUGAGGGCUGGAUUAACCCAUUUAUAAACAUAGCAGUUUCUAUGAAACUGCUAUGUUUAUAAAAAAAUAAAAAAAAUGGGUUAACCCUAGCUGGACCUGGCACCCAGACCACUUCAUUAAGCUUAAGUGGUCUGGGUGCCUAGCGUGGUCCUUUAACAGUCAGUGUUGCUUCACUACUGAUUGAUGAAACUGUAUGAUAAGGCCUUUUCCAAAGCAGUAAACUGGGACAAAUUGUAUGUAUUGCUUAUUUUGGAAAUGUAUAGUAGUAGUGCGUGGCAAGUAGAAUACAACACAAAUCCCCCCCCUUUCCCUCUCUAACCCUUCUUACAAAUAUAGGCCAUUUAACUAACCAGAAAUCAAGUACUGGGUGAAGCUCCCAGCAAUGUUCAGCAUGCUCCCUCCUGACGUCACAGCAUGUCCAAUCAAAGACUUCUCAUAGAAAAACCUUUAAUUGGACCAUUUAGCGGGCUCAGAGCGCACAUGUGGACAGGAAGGAAAGAGGGACACUAAAGAAAAUGAAUGGCUAGGAUAGGGAGGCUGCAAUGAAGGAGGUAGGAAGGGAUGGGAGACACAAACUUCAAGCAUACAGCCUGCAAUGGGUGAAUGCUAGAACGUUGGUUACCAGCACGCACUGAAAACAGAUGUAAGAUAUGCACAGAAUAAGUGACAUGCUGGGGUUGUAACUAACCCCUGAGGAAAAACUGCACAGACAGAUUCCUUCCUCCAUGAUCACUUUAAAUAGGCAGAAAUGGUCAUGUGUGUUAAAUUUUUUUUUUUUUUUUUUUGUCCCCUUUGGUCCUCCAUGCAUAAUGUUUAUUGAAAACAUGGGGUUCAUGGCUAGAAUAUAACUUUUAUAUUUGGAUGCCACUGAGUGAAUGAGAUUGGAUGACCUCAAAAUAUUAAUAAAAUUGAUAUUAACAAUUUAGAAGUGUAACAUCUGCAUUAACCAUACAAUAAGUAUGAUGUUGAGCUCUGGGUGCUUGGGAGACCCCGUGAUUGUGUUCUACCACUCAACAACUGUUUGAAACCGAACCAAAAGACUUUACCAGUACCCUGCAAGAACUAUAGUGGUCUGAAGUGGUUAUGGUGCUUAGAUUGCCAAUUUAUGUAAUUUCAUAAGAAAGGUGGAAUAUAAUCACCUUAAAGGACCACUGUAGGCACCCAGACCACUUCAGCUUAAUGAAGUGGUCUGGGUGCCAGGUCCAGCUAGGGUUAACCCUUUUUUUCUAUAAACAUAGCCGUUUCAGAGAAACGGCUAUGUUUAUGUUAGGGUUAAUCCAGCCUGUAGUGGCUGUCUCUUGACAGCCGCUAGAGGCGCUUGCGUGCUUCUCACUGUGAUUUUCACAGUGAGAAGAUGCCAGCGUCCAUAGGAAAGCAUUGUAAAUGCUUUCCUAUGAGACUGGCUGAAUGUGCGCACAUGCGCAUUCAGCCGAGGAGGAGGAGAGUUCCCCGCCCAGCGCUGGAGAAAGAGGUAAGAUUAACCCCUUCCUCUCCAUCCAGCCCGACGGGAAGGGGACCCUGAGGGUGGGGGCACCCUCAGGGCACUAUAGUGCCAGGAAAACAAGUGUGUUUUCCUGGCACUAUAGUGGUCCUUUAACUGUUAUAUUCAUAUGUGUAAAUCUACAUUAAUGUAUGAUUUUAAUGAUGCUCUUAGAUUAGGUACUUUGCAGCACAACAUAGACAACCGCAUGAUUUCAAAAACAGUCCCUGAAUUUUUAACAUUAUACAAUAAACCUUCCUGUGCGUGGGAACAAGAAAUGUCACUGAAACCCCAAAAGAAAUUGGAUCCCUAGUAAAAUAUCAUAUAAAUGAGCUUUGGAAAAACCUAGGGAUCUCUGGUUACAUCUAUUAAUAACUUAACAAGUACAUAAUAUUCUAAUGCAAUACUGUACAUAUGACACUAUAUAAAAGUUAAAUAUUCCUUUAACCCUUGGAUCACUGUGAAAAAGUAGUUAAAAAGAAACGAAGUCUUUGUGUGACUGUCAUUUUAUAUUCUGCCGCUGUCUGUGCAAGCAUCAUAUCUUUUUAACAUGCACAUUGUCUAUAGGACCAGUUUGCAUGACCAACUUUACAUAUGCAACAUCCAUCAUCUUUGUGUGUCUGUCCUUUAAUUCCCCCCAACCCCGUGUCUUUAUAAUUUGGUGGCGGCAUUAUACAACAUCAGGGUUAUUCGCUAAACUAGAAAUGGUUGAGAAUUGAUCUGGAAAUUUCAAAUGUUAAUCCAAAAGCUGGAUGGAUAAAAAAAUCCUUCAAUGUAGCAAUUUGCCAGCUCGGCUAUUUUAAGAUUAAAAAAACAUUUCCCUGUGAAUUCCUCACAAUUCUCAAUUUAGUAAAUAACCCCAACUGCAAUCUCUACCCCCUCCUCCCCCAAUGCUUUUAAAUUCAGUAUGGUACGACUGCCACAAUAAAAUAAACUGUAUGGCUAUCUGUAUGCUUUCAAUGUGUCCUCUGUGUGGUUUGCCUUUUUUUUCCAUGGAGGAUGUCUUUUGUGGAGUUGUCUAUCUCCACUUAGCAUGUUCUGUGCGGAGUGUCCUCUCUCCACGCAACAUGUCCUAUAUAUAUUCUUUCUACUUUGUGCAUCUGCCUCACUCCACUUUGAGUGCAUUUUACGGGGCUUCUUGUCUCUAGUUCUUAUAUCUUGGUGAAGAACAUUUUCAUAUCUCAACAACUAUAUGAUACAGUGGUUUCCUGUGUAUGUGUAUUUAUUGGUGUUUGUUUAUACAUAACAAACAGCUUUGUGCAGGAUAGGUGAGGAGGAUAAGACCGUCGUUAAACUCCAUCAUACAGACUGCUUUCUGAGACUUAAAGAAUAAGUGGUGAUGGUGGGGAACCAGAGACAUACGUAGACUCACUUACAUGAGAGUGGAAAUUUAUAUUUAUACAAUUUUAAAGCCAUAUUAAAUUGUAUCUGUGAUUAAAUAAAACAAUUCUAAAUAUAGCUUCUAAAAUACGUCUUCUACAAUAUUCAGUCUAGUCUAGUAGACAUAAUCAAAUGAAAUGUUAGUCUCUCCAUCGGAACAGACAUUCUCCAUAUAAAAAGUCAAACUAAUCUUUUUGAAAGCUAACAUCAAAAAGUACAAUUUGCACAGAUAGACAGAUGGGUUCAUAGUAGCUCAUGUGUGUUUAUGUGAAGGAAAAGUAUUAACGUAGCUUUAAAUAAUCUGUGCCAUCAUAUUGCAUAGUAAACAUUGCCUAUAUCCUCUCUUGAUCAUUUUAAAAUGUGUUCAGUGUGUUUAUGUCUAAUAAAAAAAUAAAAAUGUAUUUGUUUAUUUAGUAAAAGAAAAAAAAAAUCAGUUUUCUGCAAAGUGGAAAGCUGGGGUCUACAUCGCAAAUUACAUUACAUUAUUUGACUGCUAAUAUCACAUGCCCCCUGCAGCCUUGUUUUUGUAAUGCCUUUUUCUUUUUUAGUCGUUCAGUUUGUCGGGAAAGAAAAUUGUUUAUUAUACCGGGUUUGACCAGAGGAAAAGGGCAAAUGCAGGUUUUCUUAUUGGUGCCUAUGCGGUGAGUAUUUCAUCAUUUUCAAGGCUACUACAGUUGUAAUAAUAAUGUCAAUAGUAAAUAAAAACCUCUUAAAGUGACACUAAACUUAUAAAAGUUCUUUCAGAUACAUGUAUUUUUAGCAUUUUGAGAGGCUCAAUGUUUUUUAGGCUAGAGUUGUACUCGAACAAUAUUAGACUAUGACUCCAGUUCACCAAAGCUUAUUUGAGCAGGGAACUCAUACUUUUCCUGUAUGUUUCACUUUUUGCUACUUUUUGUUUUAGUCCAUCUAUUGUACAGCGCUGCAGAAUUUGUUGGAGCUGUAUAAAUAAUAAAGGACAUUAUUAACAGUGUUAUCACUAGAACUUCGUGCAGUGAUUGUGUUUCUGACCAUGCCUUCAUGCUGUGCCCUGGUUCUUUCUUAAACUGUUUGAGCAGUUUGACAAAAAAACAGGAUCUCUAUCUUGUAUCAUGAAACUGCUCCCCCUUAACCUCAUUGAUAAUGUGGAAUUUACACUUCUGCAUUAUCUUUGUCAAUUGCAUCUAGCCUGGACUAGCCGUGAUUUUGUUGUUGGUGCGACAACAUUUAUUUAAAAUGCAUUGAUGUACUGUUUGGUUUAGUACAGUAUAGCCAUCUGAUUUUACCAAAUCUGUGUAUUUUUGGUUCCGAUAGGUGAUAAUAUGUAGCCUAAUACAAAUGGUAGCGGUUUAUAUUCUUGUGUAUAAUCUGAUACCAGUCGGUGUGUAUAUAAAAAAAAAAAAAAUCAGGUAAUUUUAACACUACUACUGUUUUAACAGUACUCAUGUUCUGCGUAUGCUCCCUCCUAAAAAUUAUAUUUAAAGGAACACUAUAGUCACCUAAAUUACUUUAGCUAAAUAAAGCAGUUUUAGUGUAUAGAUCAUUCCCCUGCAAUUUCACUGCUCAAUUCACUGUCAUUUAGGAGUUAAAUCACUUUGUUUCUGUUUAUGCAGCCCUAGCCACACCUCCUCUGGCUAUGAUUGACAGAGCCUGCAUGAAAUAAAAACUGGUUUCACUUUCAAACAGAUGUAAUUUACCUUAAAUAAUUGUAUCUCAAUCUCUAAAUUGAACUUUAAUCACAUACAGGAGGCUCUUGCAGGGUCUAGCAAGCUAUUAACAUAGCAGGGGAUAAGAAAAUCUUAAUUAAACAGAACUUGCGAUAAAGAAAGCCUAAAUAGGGCUCUCUUUACAGGAAGUGUUUUUAUGGAAGACUGUGCAAGUCACAUGCAGGGAGGUGUGACUAGGGUUCAUAAACAACGGGAUCUAACUCCUAAAUGGCAGAGGAUUGAGCAGUGAGGCUGCAGGGGCAUGUUCUAUACACCAAAACUGCUUCAUUAAGCUAAAGUUGUUCAUGUGACUAUAGUAUCCCUUUAAAGGAACACUCCAAGUACCAUAAACACUAUAGCCCACUGUAGAUGUUAUUUUCAAAGAGUAUCUUACACAGUAAUUUGUCAAACCACUUAAUUGAACAUUAUAGGGUCAGGAACAUAAACAAACACUAUGUAGGUGGCCGGCCACCUCUUGCCCUCCUUAAGUAAGUAAAAAAGUAAAUUACCUUUAUUCCCGCACUGCGUAGGUCAGCUGGCGCUUUACCCACGCCCGGUCCACCUCCUUGGCUGAGAUCAUCAGAAUUGACAAUCUCAACUGAUCCAAUGCUUUCAACGACAAAGCACUGUAUUGGCUUAGAUCGUCAAUUCUGAUGAUCUCAGCUAAAGAGGGGGGUGGGGCAGAGCACAACAUCAUGGUGGCCAACCAGUAUCUCCUCAUAUUUGAGGAAGUAUUCUUGGUAAUAACUAUAGACAGUAUAUAGAUAUUAUUAGUAAACUGUAUAUACAGUUUGCAGUUCCAAGAAGGAUCUUUAGUAAAUCUUAUAGACAUUGUUAAUAAGCCAAAUAGACUGUAUAUAGACAGUUUGAAGAAGGAUGUACCAUGUAGACCGUAUAUAGCCAUUAUUAGUAAGCUAUAUAAACAUUAUAUAAAUCUUAUAUACAUCGUAUAUAGACUGUGUUAGAAGCAGGAUGAUUAGUAAACCAUACAGACUGUGAAGAAAGAUGAUCUGCUGAACUGUACCUGGUAGCUUUUUAUCCUCUUCUCCAUUCCACUGUGACUACCCAGUAUUCCCUUUUGUUUGGGAGCUUCUCAUUCUACCUUGUUAAUAUUUUCCGGAAGAACAGAAAUAAAUAGAGCAGGUUUCGUAUGUCAGUGUAGGCUACAAAAUCAGCCUGUGAAGCUCAGAGCUCCCAUAAAGCCAAGCCAAUUGUGUCCUCUUUUCAGAAACACUAGGCUGUCUGCUUUCUAAACGUUAACAUAGGAUCUAAAAGAAACAGAAUCCAUUCCAAUGUCUUGUAUGUUAUCUAGUGCAGUUUGCUCUUAGUCUACUAAUAUUGUAUGACUACAUUUAGUUGUCAGAUCCCAAAAUAAUGUAAAAAGGAACUAUCAUGAAAAAAUAUAUAUAUUUUGUAGUAUAUAUCAUCAUGUGCUGUUUUGCAAAGUCCUAAAUCAGGGAUGCACAACAAGUAGAUUCCUGGAACUACAACUCCCAUGAUGCUUUGCAUGCAUUUUGAAUGACAAAGCUUCAUGGAAGCUGUAGUUUUAAAACAUCUGGGGAUCUAGCUUUUGGGCACCCCUGUUCUAACUGAUAAGUCGACAGUAGUUAAAGAACGCUUCAGUUCCUGCACAUUUUAUAGUGGCCUUUUAUUGUGGCCAGCCUAAGGCACACCUUUGCAAUAAUCAUGCUGUCUAAUCAGCAUCUUGAUAUGCCACACCUGUGAGGUGGAUGGAUUAUCUCGGCAAAGGAGAAGUGCUCACUACCACAGAUUUAGACAGAUUUGUGAACAAUAUUUGAGAGAAAUAGGCCCUUUGUGUACCUAGAAAAAAUCUUAGAUCUUUGAGUUCAGCUCAUGAAAAAUGAGGGCAAAAACAAGUGUUGCAUUUAAAAUUUUGUUCAGUGUGUGUAUAUAUCUAUUUAUUUAUAGUUGUUGAUUUAAUUUCCUUUACACAUUUAAUAUAUAUUCUAUCUCAUGAACAUGAGGCCAAAACUUGGUAAAACAUAGAAGUUACAGGGCGCCACAUUCACCAGAUAGAUAAAUGAGGAUUGAAAUAAGAUUAAAAUAACACAAUUUAUUGAGAAAAGUUAAUUUUUCUCAAUAAAUUGUUAUUUUAAUCUUAUUUCAAUCCUCAUUUAUCUAUCUGGUUAUUGGGGCGCCCUGUAACUUCUAUGUUUUGUAUUGUAUUAUUAAGGUUGGAGUGACCUUUUAUACAAUGGCUAGCCUGCACCUAGAUAUCACUGCACUUUACCCAACUUUAUUUUCUUUUCACAAAACUUGGUAAAUGCACAUAUUUUGGUUCAGUGCCAGGCUUACGCCUGAAGUGUCGUUUUAAGUUGUGCUGGCGAUUGAAGUUUUCCUUUAAAAAUCCUCUCUCCAGUAGAAGCCACUGUGUUUCCAAAGUAUUUUGAAGACAGCAGUUGGCCAAUUAUUUGGAAGACUUGGGAACAGCCUAACUGUAUAGAGGCAAGUCAGUGACCCAUGCUCACUCAAUUGAUUUGUUCCAUUGAUGUGAUUAAGAGAGUCUGGAGGAGGGAGUGAGAAUUGUAUUUUUUUUUCUUUUAAAUUAAAGAGCUAUGGCCAGUACAGAUUAACUAGGGCAGUGAUGUGAAAUAUGUAUGGCCCGAUUCAAUUCCGGGCAGGCAGUGUGUUUUGGAAUUUAGUCCUGCUGCGGAAAAGUGGCAGGGCUACUAGAUAGAGAACAGUGUUUGGGGCACGGCAUGUGAAUGGUAUACACUUAGUGCUUGCAGACCUCAAUAGAUGACGAAUCUACGGCUAUGACGUGCUCUAUGGAGUCAGAGCGCAUUGCAGACUCCCAGCAUGCACUCUGACUCAGUGAGUGCCGGAACUGCGAGGAGCAGGUCAUGGUCUGAGGCAUGUGCUUCAUGUAUUGGAGCACAAUUUGGCUUAAAGGUUGGUGAGAGAUGGAGAUCCAGCACACACACAGCAUACACAACAGCCAGCCCCCCGCCACACACACAACAUGCAGCAUACAGCCAACAUACACACCCACACACACAACAUACAGCCAGCACACACACACAGUAAAUUGGCCCCCCUAUAAAAGUUUUAAACUCACCUUCUUUAAAGUGCCGCGCGGGUGUGCCGGCACUGGCCCCGCCCCUUUGUGGCAUCAUCAAAAUGGCCGAUAUUUAUUUUUAUUUUUUUAGCCAAUCCAAUGCUUUCCGAUAGGGAAAAAUGCAGUUUUGGCCAAUCAGGACCUCCUCAAAGAGAUGCAUUGAAUCAAUGCACCUCUAUGAGGAAAAUUUAGAGUCUCCAAGCAGAGAGUGGGGACGCUGAACGGCAGGGCUGCUUACUAUGCAGCCCUGAGCCAGGAAGCCCCUCCAGUGGCAAUCUAAGGAGUGGCCACUUGAAGGUGUCCCUAGGGGCAAUGUAAACACUGCCUUUUCUUUGAAAAUGCAGUGUUUACAUGAAAAUGCCUGAAGGGAACUUUUAUACUCACCAGAACAAAUACAUUAAGCUGUAGUUGUUCUGUUGACUAUAGUUUCCCUUUAACUGUGCUUAGUGUAUUACCUUUAUGGUAUAUGUAUCGCCACACUUUGCAAGCUUGUUGCUCUGUAAUGCAUUCAUGUUUCUUUCUCACCAACAUUCCUUUUGCUGUUUUUUUUUUUUUCUAGUGAAGUAAAUCAUUGAUCAUCUUCUUGUAAUCUUCAUUUGUAGGUUAUUUAUUUAAAGAAGACUCCAGAAGAGGCAUAUAGAGCUCUGCUGAGUGGGGCUAGCCCCCAGUAUCUACCUUUUAGGUAAGUCAACUACUGCUCUGUUUCUUAAAUAUGUUCUUAGGAUCCUGUACUAACCAUAAGUCCUGAUCAUUGUCGUACUGCUUUUGACACUGAUGGAGUUUGAAAAUCUAAUACAAUUGACUGACCAUGUAUAUUGAUGAAAUAAAUCUGGUGUUUUGUUAAAUAUGUUGAGGUUAAAAUCACACAAAUGAGUUUGUAAUGGUUAACUUAUAUUAGACUUUUAGGUAAAAGGUGGUGCAUAGAAAGGGCAUCUUUUUAAAUAUUUGAUAGUCAAAUGUGGAGUACCAGUCACAUUGUAUGGGGCAGCCCACUGGCACAGAAAAAAAGCAAAAAUGUAACCAAGGGCAGUUAAAAUAAAUAAUAAAUAGGUGGGAGGAAGAUUGCUAAAGAGAGAGCAUGUCUUAAGAAAGUAUUAAGUUGGUAGUAUAUAGCAGGCAGUGCUAGUGUUAUCUUAGAUGUUUAUUCACUAAACAGUUAAUUGUUUUGAACUUAAAAACAAACGGCCCUAUUGACAAAUGUUUGGGCAGUAUGAAUGAUUAGUAAAAAUUGAAAGCGAGGCUAUUUUAUAAACAUAGCAGUCUUCUUUUUGCAAUCUGUUUUUCAGCUCACCACAAGUUAUUGUUUAGUUAAUAAACACCUGCACUUUAAUAAUAAGCCUAUAAUUGUGAUGUAUCUCACAGAUUAUUAACAUGUGAGCACUGUUCCAUCUUUGAAUUUUAUUUAGAAGUGACAACAAGACAGAGCUUCAAAUGUCCAGAAUGCCUGUGAGGUCCAAAUGUAUUCAUACAAUCUAUAGCAUAGCAGUAUGUCAGGCUUAUUCACUCAAGUGUGAAUUGUUUGAACUUAAAGCUUAGUUUAAAAUUGUUUGACAAAAUAGCCAAUCUGAAAACAGGGGGGGAAAAAAAUCCAAUUCAGCUCUAUUGCUGUAAAAUUAGAAUUUCAAUUAGAACUUGCUUUGAACUCCCAUCAUUUCCCCCUCAAUUGAAUAACCCUUUGAACCGUUUAUAAAAAAAAAUUCUAGUUCGUCUAUUUUUGCAUAAAAUUACCAUUGCCUUUGUUAAUUCUUUCCAAUUCCAUUUUAGUAAGUGUUUUCUGAAAUAAUGCAGUUAUUUUUGGUGGGAAAUAAAAAAACAGUAGUCUAAAAAUGACUGCCUUGUCUGUAAUUACCAUAUUCUCCAACUUCUCUUUUGUUUGGCAAUGUUAAGGGAUUCUUGCUUAGAGAUGUAUUGUCUGUUAAGAAAUACUUGGUAUAACUUAACUUUCCUAUUUUUCAUAAUAGGCUGAUUUUUCUCAGAAAAGCCAGUGUCAGAUAUCUAAUGUAGAAAUGCAAUGUUCCUAAGCAGGAUGUUCACUUUGUAGAGUAGACAGAUGCCUCAUGUGGCAUUCUCUAUCAGCACUGCAAGGAUAAACCCACGUGGCUCACACACCCCCUUAGGGUGCUUUCUGCUUCUCCCGAUUUAAUCCCUUCACUCACACAGCACCUGGCCUCGCAUUACAAAGUAUUACUUCCAGUUAUAGAAAUCUCAGCGCUGUUACAUCAUUGUAGGCAAGAACACACAGAGAAUUAUGUGGGCAGAACAAUUCCAGGACCAAAGUAAUAAAAUAAAAUCUGCAGGAAAAUUCCAUUUUUUUUAAAGGCCAUCGCUUAAUUUAUUUUUUCUUUUUCUUGCAAUUGAUGUAUAUACUGAACUCCUGUAAUAAUUUUACUGGAUAACAGGCAGUGGGGUUGUAACACACAAAGGAGAAUAUUUUUAAAGGGACACCAUAGUCACCAGAACAACUACAGAUUAAUGUAGUUGUAUGGUGAGUAUAAUCAUUCCCCACAGUUAUUUUCAUGUAAACACUGCUUUUACAUUGCCCCCUAGGGACACUUCCUGCAGCCACUACUCAGAUGGCUACUGGAGGUGCUUGCUGGGGCAGUGCUGCACAGCGUGGAGACGCUGAACAUUCCUCAUAGAGAUGCAUUGAUUCAAUGCAUCUCUAGAAGGAUGUACUGAUUGGCCAAGCUAGUGUUUGGGCCUACUCCCGUCUUGCUGAUUUCAGCCAAUCGAAUACUUUCCCUAUGGCAUUGGAUUGGCUGAAAUCAUGAAUUAUGAUGUUAGCAAGGAGGUGGUUCGGGGGUAGAUGGACAAGAAACCUAAAUGGUGUUUUUAACACUAUAUGGUAUAGGAAUGCAUGUUUAUGUUCCUGAUCCUAUAGUGCUCCUUUACUGACAUGUGCACAGAAAGUAAGGCACCUUAAGCACAUACAGCUGCCUAUGUUGCAUUUAUUUAGAAUGUUUGUAACAUAUGCUCCAGUUUGAACAGUGGCCUCCAUUUACAUGAUAUAUACAGAGCCCUGUAGGACACACAUUUUCAUAUAGAAUCAUAUAGAUUUCUCAGAAAAGAAAGUCUGAUGAAUUUGGAUCCUUAAACAAUGGGCCUGCAGUGAGCAGGGUGCCUUCCAUCCAGAAUAGCUGGGUACAUAAUAUUAGAUGGCCAUGUCAGCUGAACAAAUCACAUAUAUUAGUCAACAUUUUCCUGAAUGUGAAAUGGUGAUGCUCCUCUUGUAACUCACUGCUCAGAUUUCUCUUUGGGUUUGUUUCAAAGCAUGAACUCUUCAACUCACAGAGCUGGAACGUGAGAUGUCUGAAAAUGGAUUGGGGUGUGACUGUUACAAACCCUUGUUUGGGAAUACCCACUUAGUGCAGCCUACUAUCAGUUUUCAGAAGUCUGCUGCAGAGAGCACAAUGUUCUUAACUGUUACUUCUCCUAUCUGCAUAGACUGUUACAUUUUGAGCCCUCAAUGGAGCAAUUAGCACAAUUUUGCCCUUUAUACAUAACCAAACAGUUUGGAUUAUUUUAAAAUUUUAGUUGGCGAUAUUUGCUUGUACCAUUGAGAGCUGUAGGAAUUUAUUUUUACCAAAAAACCUGUGUUUCCUAAACCAGUCCUCAUGGCCCACCAACAAUUCCGGAUUUAUGUAUUUUCCUUUUUUAUUGCAAUCAAGAUACGGACAAAACCUGGACUGUUGUGAGGACUGGUUUGGGAACCACUGCUCUAGAACAUAUGAUGAAUUUUCAACUUGUUCAGAAAACCGAAAAAGCGUAAAACCUAAUCACGUUUCUCCAUUAUUUUUAUUUUUUUUAAACUAUAGACAUUCCUUUACCUAAACAAAAUACCUUCUUUUUUUUUUAAGGAAUUUGAGAUUAUUGACUAAACUUGGAGUAGUAGAGAAUAGACCAUAACAUAGCAAAUUGACAUAAUUAACCAUUUCAGCUAUGUUUUUCAACGUAACUAUUUUAGUGUAAAAUUUGUAAUUGUGUUUUUUUUCUAUGAUUCGUGGUUUUCUCAGUAAAGCUGCUAUGUGUAAUGAAGUUCUCUGGUUGUUUUGGGAAAUUGCCAAAAGUAAUGUAUACGGAUGAUUUUUCCUUUUAACCUUUUCUUUGAAUAGUACAUUAUGAGGCUAUAUUCACAAACAACCACUAUGGAUAAAGUUCUAACAUGAAGCAUUUGCUGAUCAUGUUAUUUGUCUUCUCUAGCAAAUACCUCAGUUUAAAAAUAUCGUUCUUAACUGUUAACCUCUCCUAUCUGCAUAGAAUGUUAAUGAUACUCUGAGCUUUGAGUGAGCUAUUUCAGGGGAUGUUAACGUGUUCCAUUCUCCGGUUGCUAUUAGUUAUUUAGUUGGUUAGUUGAGCAUUUUUUAGUUUUUUUGUCUUGAAAUCAUAGUUAUGAUGUACACUCUUUGUAAAUCAGUAGAACAGGGUUCUAAUUUAUAAAGGAAAGUGCUUUAUGGACUCUCCUACAGAUGGAGUCAGGGCACAACAGUUCCACUCAUCCACAUGCCAUUGGCGAGUGAAAUUUCAGGCAUAGCCCUAAAAGGAUACUAUUCCUGGCGCUAUCACUCCCCAUGCCUCCCCCGUGCAUUAUUGGUUAAAACCCUUUAUUUACUUACAUGUCCCUCAGCACUAGGUCGAAGCUCCCCCUCCUCCGACGAGCGGGCUCUAAUGCGCGGCAAAUGCCAUGCACGCAUUAGACAUCCCCAUAGGAAAGCAUUGAAUCAAUAUCAAUCCUAUGCAGAGUGUGAGGAUGUCCCAUGUCAGAUACCAGACCAAAGGUCCGUUUCAAACCAGGAAGUACUAUUGUGGCUAUCUGGUCGACAGCCACUAGUGGCUGACUUAGUGCUGCAAUGUAAACAUUGCAGUUUCUCUGGAACUGCAAUAUUUAACAUUACAUCAGUAAGGGCAAUAGAUACACUGAAUCCAGACCACUUUAAUGAGCUGAAGUGGUCUGGGUGCCUACAGUGUCCCUUUAAGGUUUGUAGUGGUCAGUAACUUUCAAGUCUGGCCAACAGCAAAUGACUAGAAAUGUUGAGCCCUGAAUGGAGCAAUUGGCACAAUGUUGCCCUUUAUACAUAACCAAACAGUUUGGAUUAUUUUAAAAAUGUAGUUGGCUUGUUAGAAGAACAUUUAAUGUGGAAAGGACACUUCGAGACGAAUACCAUGACUGGUUCAGAAACUGACAGAUCCUGGAUCUAAUUUAAAACUAUUUAGUGACAGUCCCAAUUCUACUUAAAACAGCUUUUUGUUUUGUGACCCAGGAAAAAUAUAUGUAUGCUAAUUCCACCACUAAUAUCACAGAGUGAUGUUCCUCCAUGAACUACCGCUUUCAUAAGCAAAUACCAUAAUAAUCUGCAUUCUCUUUUAUUUCCUGCAGAGAUGCCUCGUUCGGGAACUGCACAUAUAAUCUAUCCAUACUGGACUGUUUGCAAGGAAUCCGUAAGGUAACUAUGAGUGGGAGGAACAAUUCAUCUGAAUAGUAAGAUAGAACUGCCUGGUUUACAGGUGCAACCUAGUUCUCUUCAAGGAGGCUUGUAACUUUGAAGGGAACUAGUAACAAUUUAUUAUGUGGGUAAGUUAGAUGGAGCUGUUUAGUUACGCUGCAAACACUUGCUAGAUAGGUGACCCAUUAACUAUCUUAAAACAUUGCUCAGAAAUGAAAAGACCGCAAGUUGCGCUAAUGUAACUUACAAGACCAACCUAAGGAGUGCACAUCACAUAAAUAUAAGACCAUUUACUGCUCAAUAAGAAAUAUACCCCUUUCAAAAAACCCUCCUGUUAUUGAAGAACUUUAUCCUUGCGCACCUGAACAUGCAUACAUUAUAGGGUGCUGCUGGGACUAAUUAUAAAUGUGACAAUGUUACCAGUGUAAAGCAAACAUCAGUAUUAUUAUUUAUAAAGCACUAGCAAAUUUUACAGCGCUGUACAAUGGGUGGACUAACAGACACGUAUUUGUAACAAGACGAGUUGGACACAAAGGAACAGAGGGAUUGAGGGCCCUGCUCAAUGAGCUUACAUGCUAGAGGGAGUGUGGUAUAGUGACACAAAAAGUAAGGGUCGGUUAGAAAAAUAAACUUCUUGGAUAGGAUAAUCACUGAGGGGAUGUUCGCAGUUUAAUUGAUAUUCUUUCCUAUAGAAGUAAGAUUUCAAAGAUUUUUUUUUUUAAAGUAGUGGAGACUGGAUGAAAGUCUUACAGAGAGGGGAAGGGUGUUCAGUAGGGAUGGGGCAGCCCUAGAGAAGUCUUUAAGGCGAGCAUCAGAGGUAGGACCUCACCGACGCAUUCAUUAUAGACUGUAACGGGGCAGGUUGGGAAUACAGAAGACCAUUGAGAAGCGGGUUACAGUAGUCAAGGCGAGAGAGGACAGCGGCAUGGGCAAGCACCUUAGCCAUAUCAGGCAUUAAAUAGGGUCGGAUGCGCGCUAUGUUUUUGAGAUGGAAGCAACAGGAUUUGGCAAUUGAUUGGACAUGAGGGGUAAAGGAGAGGUCGGAGUCAAAGAGAACACCUAGGCAGCAGGCCUUAGAGGUAGAGUGGAUGGUAGCGCCAUUGACUUAUAGAGAAACAGACAAGGGAGUAGCGACACUUGAGGGAGGAAAGACCAGAAGUUCUGUUUUGGGCAGGUUACGUUUAAGGAAAGGAGCAGCUAUCCAGCUGGAAAUAACAGAGAUGCAAUAAGACACGAGUCAAGAGGGGUGGUGAGAAAUCAGGGGAGGAAGAUAAAUUUGCGCGUCAUCCGCAUAGAUGUUCUUAAUGAGUGAUUCUGUGGGGAUUCCUCCUGCAGUUCCACUUAGGUGUGCUUGGUAAACCUCGUGGUCCCUGAUUGUUCAAUCUGCCGCAUGCUCCUCUAUCUUGUAACGAUACUAGGCAGAAAAAAGUUGGCGCGCAUCAAGUAAAACAAACACUACUUUUGUAAAUAAUAACAAUAUUUUACAGGAGACAAGAACUCUCGAUAUUAUGAGCGGUCCUUAAUUUCCUCGAUAAGAAACGCUAGGUGAACACUGGCACUCUCGCUCAAAGUAGGAGUGUCUUUCAGAAAUCAGAGAGAUCAGACACAUUUUGUCUCAUUCCUGAGACUUUCUCAAUGAUCCGUGAAUGAUCAGUAAAAUUCGGUCAGAUAACUAAUACUAGAGUCUGACCCAACAUGGCUGCUGAGCCAUAUAAAAUUUUUUCAAUGUUCUCAAAAAAUCAAUAUACAUCAUUAAAAAAAAUUAAAAUAAAAAUGUGUUUCAUUAAAUGUAAUAACCUUGUGGGUAUCCUGGAGAUUAGUUAUAAAGACUAUAUCAUGCAGCAAACUAUGAACUCAAAGGAAAAAAGCUGCAUAUCACCCUUUUAGCUAAAUACCACCUUUAAAAAAAAAAGCUAUUUAUUUAGUUUUUAGACAAAAUUUUAAUGACCACUAUAGGCACCCCGACCACUUCAGCUCAAUGAAUUGGUCAGGGUGCCAUGCCCUUCUAGUUUUAACCAUGUAGCUGAAAACAUAGCAGUUUCAGAGAAACCUAAACAGUGACUAGGGCUCUUUGUAUUCCUAACGCUAUAGUGUUCCUUUAAAUGAGUGUGAUAGACAGUUGUGUAUUGUUACACAAAUAUAAUAACAGCAUUUCAGACUUAUUGUAAACUGGAGACUUCAAAUCAGCGUGAAUAAGAUCUAUAAAUAGCAGACAAGCUCGAUAUUUUUUUAAAUUUUUUUUUUUUUUUAAAUAUGUGUAAAUGUACAAAAAAAAACAGGUGCCCUUCUGGAUGUUGUAGAAUAUGGGAAGUUCUCCUUAUAUUCCAGAUGACAUAGCUGACACAUGCAAGAAGGUGGGGAGGAUAGCAAUAAAAUGAGAUUUUUAAUAAUCAUUCCAUAUAAAACUCAGGCUGAAUAUGGUUUCAGCUCUGCAUAGAGGUUCUGUACACCAAUUCAAGAACAGCAUAAUAGCAUUCCCAUCAAACAGUUCUUUUUUCCACUUACAAGUCCAGACACCUCAUUAGAAGACACAUUUCAUAACCAAUGCUUCCUUUGUUCUCCUAAGUGUGUGGCACAGUUCUCAUAAAAAAACAUUUGAGUGUUCAUGUUGAUUGCUCCACUUUUAGACCUUUUCCCAGUUAAAUUUAAUCUCAAACCUGGUUAUUUUGAUUGUUAAAAUAACGCCACAACCUCCUUCCCUUAUUCAAAAGAACAUAUUAGUUUUUAUGUUGCAGAAUUGUUAAAUACUUGAUGCUAACUACUGGCAAUAAAUGGACCUAUUCGAUUAUUGUACAACAUUGGAUGAUAGCUCUUAUAGACUGCAUCCCUAUUUACGGUACAUUAAAGUUUCUCAUAUUAAAGGAACACUAUAGGGCCAGGAACACAAGCCUGUAUGCCUGAUCGUAUAGUGUUAAAACCUCCAUUUUAGGGGGUCGUCCCCUUAAAGUAUCUAUCUUUAGAAUCCCCCCCACCCCCCUUAACCUUCUUAGAAAGGUUUAAAACUCACCUUGAAUUAAUGCAUUUCUAUGAGGAAAAUUCAGCUUCUGCAAGGAGAUGCGAAAUGGCAGUUUUGCCUACUGUGCAGCACUGCUCCAGGAAGUACCUCCAGUAGCCAUCUGUUGAGUGGCUACUGGAUGUGUCCCGAGGGGGCAAUGUAAGCACUGUCAGUGUUUGCAUGAAAAUGCUUGAAGGGAAUGAUCAUACUCACCAGUACAACUACAUUAAGCUGUAGUUGUUCUGGUCACUAUGGUGUCUCUUUAAUAAAAGUGCAAGAAAUAUGGGGGAGGGAGGGGGGAAUAUGAACCCUUAACCCCUUAAGGACCAAACUUCUGAAAUAAAAGGUAAUCAUGUGUCUUUAAGGGGUUAAACAUAUGAAAAUAAAACACAAUCUAUAAUCUUUUGUUUUGUGUCAUGCUCUAAAUUUAAAAAAAAAAGCUUUAAUAUAUUUUGGAAGAGAAUACUAUUUCGAGCCAAAAUUGCAUGUGUGUUGGUAGUUGUUUUUUGAAUCUUAAUUAGAAAUUGGACCGUUCUUAUUCUGCAAUGGGAAUUUAGAUUCAUUUUAUUGCACAUUGUAUUCAAAAAUUUUGUGUUUUUUUUUAUAUCCCAACGUAGUAAAGAUUUUAAUGUUCCACUUAAAGUAUCUUUUAUGUCUAUCUUUACAAUGCAAACAGACUCUCGUUUAAUGAGUAGGAUAUAAAGAUGUUUUUUUUCCCUUUAAAACAAAACAGACAUUUUUACAUGUACAUAAUAUUUUAUAAAUCUUGUAAAGAUAAAAACUAUAUUUAUAUAGAAAACAAUGCAUGAGCUCAUUCUUGAAACCUUUAUUUAUAAUUUUUUUUGUUAGAUUUUGGUGAGACAGCCCCCUCUAGUGACCAACUACAGCAAUAUAGUUGACUUAAUACAUGGUCUUGUGAAAAUUGAUUUAGAAAAUUAAUUGACCUUUAUUCUGGUAUUAUAUUAAUCUGUUCUAUUCUACGCUACUCAGUGAGAAAUAUAAAGAAGUAUUGUUUCUGUUUACACUGACUCAGUGUUUUUUAUAUUGCUCUUAGAAAUAUAAAAUGUUAUAGUUCCUGUUUGACUCACAGUUUAUUGCGGUCUCUCCUCCCUUGAGAUUUAGAAAAUGUUAUGUCUGCUUUUUGUAGAACACUCCAAUAUACUGUAGUUGGGGACCUUCAGAAAUUAGCUUUGAACGCUUGAAUGUUUGUUUGUUUUUUGUUUUUUGUGUGUGCACCUCAAGCAUCUUUAGGCAGUUAUUUCAAUUAUGAAGAAUAGGAAACUUUUUAUCGCAGUUGAUCCAUAACACAGUUAAACAGAGUAGUGCACCAAUUGAAAUGCUUUGUCCAUGCUGGAAGAAAGACUUGACACUAGUUUCAUGAAUAGCACAAGAGUAGACUGGUGAGAUGCAGGGCCAGAACAUGGGGUCUAUUGGAGCUGAAGCUCCAGGCUCACACAUCAAUAAGUCCAAGUGGUCUGAUGUGUGUUUGUUUUUCUUUUGUAACUGCUGUCCUAAAUUGCUUGGUACCACUGUCACAGAGUGUGGCCAGACUGGCACAGAUAUCCUACCUGAUCUAACUAAAUAUAACAAAACAUUGCCCAAAACACUUUCAAUGCCAAACUACACAGUAUAUGCUAAACUCUAUAUCAUCUGCAUAACAACUGGGGUUCCAAAUGUGCCCUAGACCCACUGCACACAGAAAGGGUAUAUCCAUGCCACAGCUCAUUGCACAUGGGAUGGAUGUCUUGUUUCCCAUGCCCUAUAAUUUAGGCUGUAACCCAUACGUACCUGUGCUCUCCCAGUAGAUUUCUCUGUGCAUUUGCAUGUUUGUGAAGAUUUUAAUAUCUAGACUGAGACUGAACAAGGAAAUGAAGGGAAAGUUAAAGAGGAGGAAUAAUAUUUGCUCAAAACUAGCCUCUCAUAGGAAAAAGCAACCCAUAGAUAAAACCUAACCUUUGGUAAAUCUAUUGAAAUAAAUAUAUAGAAAAGCAAUAAUCAAAAUAAAAUAAAAAUCUUAACCAUUGUACAGCGCUACGGAAUUUGUUGGCGCUAUAUAAAUAAUAAAAUAAUAACCAAGAUAAGGCUAUAGUAAUGUGUCCAGGAAAGCACAGAUUUUAAGGUCAUAUUGUAUAUUGUAUAUUAUAAAGUUUAGUUUUGUUAACAAAACCAUUUUGCAUUUUUAAAUUGUGUUAUGAGAAAACCAGGAACAGUAUACAUAUGUCAUAUUGUGUUUACAUUUGAUCUAAUGCCUCUCUCUUCGUCCCAGGCUAUGCAUUUUGGAUUCUUUAAUUUUGAGCACUUUAACGUGGCUGAAUAUGAACAUUACGAGGUAGGUUCAUCUUUGUGUGUUUUAUCCACAGAAAGGGCAAGGGUUUCAAAUGAAUAAUAAAUGUGGGGACCUCCUAAUCAUUUUAGGUUUGAUUGUUGUUCUUUAAAUGUUUAUAACCAAAUAACGUGAAGUUGACAGCUUACAUUUUACUAGUUAUCACACAUCACAAGUUAUUCAUGAAAACGCUUGGUGUCGCACUUGUUUUAAAAUAUUAUGUCCCACAUAUGACAAGGACCAUUUUUUUUAAAUGUUGGGAAAUGCAUGUUAUGUUUAGCUUGUGCUGUAAAUGUUUAAUAUGCCAUGUUUGAAUAUAAAUAUCUUGUAAUCCAGAAACAUUUGUUACCUCUUGCCAACAUUCCUAAGCUUUUAAAGGGAAUUGUUGUCGUGAGGGUUACAGUAAAGGCAUCUAUCAUAUGGUUGAUAUGCGAUCUAUUGCUCUUUGUGAUGUUUGACAUGUCCCUUAUGAGAAAUAAUGUUCUUGUUCACACAGCGGGUGGAAAACGGGGAUUUUAAUUGGAUUGUUCCAGGGAAGUUUCUUGCCUUCAGUGGGCCUCACCAGAAAAGUAAAAUUGAAAAUGGUAAGUAGCGAGGCUUAGUGCUUCUUUCAUAUCUAUGAAAAUAACCCUAGAUGCAAAUUUACCAUUCAUUGCCUUGCUGGUAGUUUGUGGUUCUAAAGAGGAACAUUGGGGCAGCAGAUCUGCAGCCAUUUUCACUAACGGUGAGAGCAGAUCUGCAGCCAUUUUACAAAUGCCAGCAAAGUUUCUAAACGCGAAAGUUCAUCAGUUAUUCUUUUGACAGACAUCUCUAACAAAUUCAUAUAAACACUUUUUAGAGUAGUUGUGCCUUUAAAUAUAUUUAGCUAAAUUUUUAGUAGAGAAAUAAUCUAUAAAAAGUCAUAAAAUAAGUUCCCUCUAGAGUUUUCAUAAUCCUAAUGUCCAACUUAGAAUACUGUUCAAAUAGUUCAUGUUAACUGCUCUCUAGCAACCAUUAAAGGAACACUAUAGGGACAGGAACACAAACAUGUAUUCCUGACCCUAUAGUGUUAAAACCACUAUUUAGGUGACUUGCCCCUUCCUUUAUCCCCAUAGGGGAAGCAUUGGAUUGGCAACAAGGCAGGACAGGGUCGGGGCCAAAUGCCAGCUUGGCCAGUCAGCACCUCCUUAUAGAGAUGCAUUGAAUCAAUGCAAUGGGGAAAGUUCAGAGUCUCCACGCAGAGCACUGCCACAGGAAGCACUCCAGUGGCCAUCUGAGAAGUGGCCAGUGGAGGUGCCCCUAGGGGACAAUGUAAAUACUGCCUUUUGUAUUAUAGGCAGUGUUUAGGUGAAAAUGCCUACAGGUUCUGACUAUACUCACUAGAACAACUACAUUAAGCUGGUGACUUUAUAGUUCCUUUAAUUAAGUGUGUUCUGAGGUGAGAAGAGCAGGUAAAGUACAUAUAAAUUCCACUUACAUUUGUUGAACUUCCAGAUGACCUCUGCUAUUUUACAAUCACUCCUUUUUGUGCACCUACUUGGCAUGGAAAACAUGCCAAGAAUAAUAGGACAUUUGGAAGUUUCAUUUGAUGCCAAACUGUGCCAGCACAGCUUUGCAUUUGACGCAAAUACAACAUUUUAAAUUAUCCACUAUCUGCAGUCACAACAUACUUUGGAAGGCCAUCAUUUCAGUGCAAACAUUCCAGUUCCAUGCUGAAGCCUCUUAAACAUUGUCCUUUGUUAUUUACCCAGAUCCAGUUAUUUGCCAUCCUCAGUAAGGACCUUAUACUGUUGAAUAUACUUGCAAAAACUGAUGAAAACCUGCGUUAAGCCGAUUUAUUUCCAACACGAAUAAAUCCAAGCUUCUGGCUAGUCAUUCUUUAUAAUCCAAUUCCCUCUGUGCCUUUGAUUAAUGUUCUUGACGUUCUUCGUACUGUUUCCAAUUUCUUAUGUCUUUGUGAAGUAGCUCCAAUUGUCUUUGUCCAAUGUUUAUCUGAAACACUGCCAACUACAGUUUUAAUCCUGCUUUGUAGGCUAUAAAAUUGCUGACCCUCCAUGGCUAAAUCUGAUUUCUAAAUUAGUUUUUUUUAGUGUAUUAAUAGUAUCUCGUGCAUUUUUCUCAUCAUUUACUAAAAUUCUUUAAGCAAAUCCCCCCCCCCCAUUAAUAGAAUUAGAAUUAAAUACAUUACAAUUUGCUUGAUCUGAAAUUCUAAGAUAACAUUCCACCACAUCCAGAACUUCUUAUAUUCAUCAGACCUGACCCAAGACAAAGUGAAUGCCAAAAUUUGAAAUGGGUGCUAAUAGAACUAUAUUCCUUGUAAAGGUAUCUAGAAUUCUGUGAUCGGUUGAUAUUCGUAAAGAUUGAUUGAAUGUAUACAGUAGACUGUGCCAAGUUACAGAAAAAUUAGAGCAACAGCUGAAGGAUCUGACCUUCAUCAAACAUGGAUUUUAAGCAUGCAUUCGUAGCUGUAUAUAAAUCCAAAAGUAAAAUAAACUGACAUAUUUCUGUAGAAGAUAAAAAUUCAAACUUCAGUGUUUAUUACAGCUUUUGUCACACAUAUCUUUGAGGUAUGGUUUCUGCCUUUGUGUCCCAGAUUCCUGUCGCUCUCCUGAGGUUCGCUAUAGUGACUUUCUGUUGUUUCUGCUGUUUUCUUGAUCAGACCAUAUUAAACGUUAUCCAGCUGACCAGUUAUUCACCAUUCACUGUUCAAUAUUUCAACUUACUGUUCCUUAUUCCAUGUAAAGGUUACCCCAUCCAUUCUCCGGAGUCGUAUUUUCCGUAUUUUCGAAAACACAACGUUGUUGCUAUCAUCCGUCUCAAUAAGAAAAUUUAUGAUGCUAGUCGCUUCACGGACGCGGGGUUCCAGCACUACGACUUGUUCUUUGUUGAUGGAAGUACUCCCAGCGAUGGCAUAGUGCGGAGAUUCUUAAACCUCUGUGAAAGCAUAGAUGGGGCCAUUGCCGUACACUGCAAAGGUAUUAUUCUGUAGGGUGAGCUUGUGGAAUGAAAAAUCAAUACAAUUAAUGUAACUGUCAAGUACUCUGCUGGGGUGGAUGUUAUUGUAUUCGCAGUAUCCUUAUUUUCCUUAUUCUGCAUUAAAGGACCACUAUAGGCACCCAGACCACUUCAGCUUAAUGAAGUAGUCUGGGUGCCAGGUCCAUCUAGAAUUAACCCUUUCUGCUGUAAACAUAGCAGUUUUCAGAGAAACUGCUAUGUUUACAAAUGGGUUAAUCCAGCCUCAAGUAGCUAUCUCAUUGACAGCCGCUAGAGGUGCUUCCGCGCUUCUCACUGUGAUUUUCACAGUGGAAAGACGCCAGCGUCUAUAGGAAAGCAUGCAGCCAAUGACGGGGAAAGGAGGCGGAGAGUCCCCACCGCCGAGGGUGUCCGGCGGGGGAAAAAAGGUAAGAUUCAACCCCUUCUAUCCCCUAGAGCCCGGCGGGAGGGCGGCCCUGAGGGUGGGGGGGGGGACUUAGAGACACUAUAGUGGUCCUUUUAAGUUCUAUACUUGUGGCCAUUGUGUAACCAUUAUGUAACUGUAUAUGGCCAUGAUGAUUUCAUCUAUUUGUACCAAGGAAAUAUAAAAUGCAGAAUAUACCACCAAAAUGUACACUUCUCACCAGCAGGGGGCAUACCAGUUAAGAGUGAUUGCUUUUUCUUUUCAAGCAAUACCUCAGUAUAAUUGGAGUGAGCAAUACUUCCUUGUGGACAUAGUCGUUUAUAUUAAACGCUUCCUAUUAUGUAUUUUGACUCAAGACACUGUGUAAAUAUUGCUUUUUCUGCAGCAGUAAUAAUGUUGCAACUAAUAUUGUCCUUGGGUUUGAAUCACAAUAUGUAAAUACUGCAGAUAGAACAUACAAGUUUGGAGACAUUUUAUCUCCAUGAAAUUAUUUAGCCACAAUGUAGAUGUUCUAUACUCUGCAUUGUGUUUUUGAUCUACCCCAUGUGGUUAUGAAGGUUAUGAACUCCCCAGGUUCUCCUAACAAUAAGCAACAAAUAGACUGGAUUGAUUUAAAUAAGUAUGAAAAAAAACAAACCAGCCAGAAUGAAAAAAAUCUCUAGGUUUUUGUGACACUGUAACAAACUAAUAUUAAUUAUUUAAAAUUGUUAUAAAGUGCUCAUAUAUCUUGCAUUGUUCUUGGUAGUACCCACUGGAACUGGUUUUUAGUUCACUGUGUGUUCUGUUUGCCAGACAGCUCCUGGGUUUCAAUACCUCCACAUGCUAUUUAGCACAGAGCACAGCAUGAAUAUUUCUCUAAUUAAAGUGAUUAAAGAACUGUUAAGGGAAAAACAAAUCAGGAGUCACUGUUACGUCAGUAUUUAAAGUAUUACCUUUGCGAGUGUAUAGAUUUAUAUGUGUAUAACUUUUUUUUUAUAAUUGAUCACCUUAUUAAAUCCGCAGUGCUUUAUGGGCCCAGCAAGCAUGUCUGGACAUUUUACUUUAUAUAGAUAGCUUUAUGUAUUAAGGGAACAGCUAAACUAUGACUUCCAUAAUACAUUAAAUACCGGUAGUCAAUUAUUCAUUGCCAAUAUUAUAUUGGAGAAGAACAGUAGACACUGUGGGUUGAAAGGGAAGGGCACAAAUGAUGGCUAAUAAAAUAAAAAAUAGUGCAGGUAAAUAAAGCCGUUCAUCCAAAAUAACUAACUGCAUAAUAAACUAAACAUUUCAUUACACUGAUGGGUGUUGGGCGUGCCUAAAUCUAAAUCUGGCAAUCACACGGAAACAGACAUCAGGUAAUGCAAUACCAUGGAGAUAUUUAGUGUAACUCACAUGUCUAUUACAGUGUAUAAUGAAUUCAAUAUAAUUCAAUAUAAUAAUAUAAUGAUACAAAACAGUGAAAACCAGACAGCUCCAUAAUUGCUCCCUUGUCCCCGUGAUUAUGGUGUAGCUUAAUAACAAGCUUUUGAUACUCUUCUGUGAUUAUAGGGUUCUGUGAUAACAAGCUAUGGCUCUAAAUUACAAAAGAUAAUUACAUUCUACAUACAAAAUAGAGAAACAAUGUAUUUUUCAUGUCACCUCUAGGGGCUCCAUAGUAUAUUCUGUUAAUUCUCAUUCUAUUAUAUAAUGUCACCGUUUUGCAAUAUAUAAACUAUGAGUGAUGGCACUGCUGCAGUAAAUGGAAUAAAUGUCCCAUGAUGCUAAGCCAGGCUGGGCUACCAUAGUGCCAAUGUUUCUUGUUAUACAAACAAAACCUGGGGAUAAGUAUUUAUUUAUUUUUGGAUUCUUCACAGCUGGACUGGGCAGAACAGGCACCCUCAUAGCUUGUUACAUGAUGAAGCAUUACAGAUUCACGCACUCUGAGGCCAUUGCUUGGAUCAGGAUAUGUCGGCCCGGCUCCAUCAUUGGGCCCCAGCAGCACUUCCUGGAAGAGUAAGUAGUGUCUCAUCGUAGAGCUUUACAUGUCAGGUCUCAAAGUGGUAAUGUAUUCACUAAACCAAAACAGAGCUCCUUACUAAAGGGAAUUCCACAUUUUAAGGCCAAAGCAGUCAAACUGGAAAAAUUCUCCCAGUCACCUUCCAAUUUGGCUACUUUGAGCUCAAAUUUGAAAUUCUCUUUGAGUUCACUUUACCUUCCCAACAAGUCUUACUUUAGUAAAUAUCCCUGAAAAGUGUGGUAGUUUACAAACAACUUUUUAUUGAAUAAUCCCUCUGUUUUAAUUAUAUGUUAGUCCCACGUCUCUGUGGCCCUAGUAAUAUUUUUUAUUUACAUUUCCCAUAAUGUUUAUUCAACCAAUAGGCCUAAUGGCAUUGCUCAAGUGAAAGAACAUGUCAGUUAAUUGUAUUGUUUCUACAUUGACAAUUUCUUCCUAGAUGUCAUGUUCUGGGUUCAGACGUGAAGAUCAUCACAUGGCUUGAGAGCCUUCCAGACAUUCGUAUGUAGACUUAACCUAUGUAGAGUUCCAAAUUAGUUGGGAUAGUUGAGCCAGCAUGUACCUCACAUGUGAAAGUGAGCAAUGUACCCAUAUUCCUUGAUACAAUAGGUAGGCAAAAUAGUUGUCAUGCAAAUACAAUGAAUACAAAUUUCUGAUUGGCUUAAACGCUAAAAAUGCAUUUAUUGACAUUAGUACAGUGGUUCUUAAUACAUGGGCAACAACACAAAAUUGGAUGCCAAUACUAUUUAAGUGGGUCCUCAGUAUUUGUAACUGAUAUGUCAUAUGUAUCAUGGUUCAGGCAACAGCCCUAAGUAAACAUUUACCGCAGACCCAUUUCACACUUGUGAGAGUAAGUAUUUUUCAAAAUGCUUAGAGACACUAUAGUGGUCCUUUAAGUUCUGUACUUGUGGCCAUUGUGUAACCAUUAUGUAACUGUAUAUGGCCAUGAUGAUUUCAUCUAUUUGUCCCAAGGAAAUAUAAAAUGCAGAAUAUACCACCAAAAUGUACACUUCUCACCAGUAGGGGGCAUACCAGUUAAGAGUGAUUGCUUUUUCUUUUCAAGCAAUACCUCAGUAUAAUUGGAGUGAGCAAUACUUCCUUGUGGACAUAAAUGCUUCAAAAUGCUUUUCUAAAUUCUAGACUUGUGCUAAAUUUGUUAAACUUGUGCUAAAUUCCUUUUAUUAUACACCCGAACAAAUUAGUUUACAUGGUAUUUACCUGUGGAGUUUUAAUGUUGUAAUGCUAAAUGAGAGUCCCCAACAGCCCAUCAUCUCUGUGCUGAUUGGGUUAAAGAGGAAACAAUAACUUGGGCAGCUGUGAAUGGAGAGUGUCAGCUGACGCUCAUUGGAGGCAUGAAUCACUAUGGCUACAAAGAAUUGUUAUCUCUGAACUAGCAUUACCUCCACUGGGGGUGGGGCUAUUGGAAGACAGGGACCCUCAUUCAGUGUUAAAUUGGUUUAAAAUGGUUUAACACAGAAUGGAGAGACAGUGCCAUGGGACCCCAGACACUAUAACCAUUUCAGUUUCAGCCUUUCCUUUCAAACAAUAUGUCCUUCACCCACAACAAAAGUAACAUUUAAAUGUUUACUUGAUAUGAAAUCCCUUGUUUGGGAAACUUGAUGCUAUCUACUAGCUACUGAGCUACUUUUUGUAGUGUGUUUUUUUUUUUUUUUUUUUUUUAAACGCACUUUCCAUUUGAUAAGAGAUUUUGAGGUCUGUGUGCAGCCAUUCAAGAACAGACUGGUCCCCUUGUAAUUACUGUCACAUGUCACCCUCUGAGUGUGUAAUGGGAAGAAGCUGGGUAUUGGAUGACUUGCUUCUCACCAUCAGCUCUGAAAUAACUUUCUUCCCAGCAAUAUGAAUGAGUUUAGGGAUCUAAAAUAUAGUGCAAGUAGAUCUUGCUGAAGAUGUGAUAGGUGCUGUUAGUCUUUGACAGGAAAGUGCUGCAGUGGGAGUGGAGUAGAAUUGAUACUAAGAGGACUGAAAGAUGUGAGCUCAUUAUUUUAUUUUUUGUAUAUAUUUUUUGCAUUUAUAUAGCGCAAACAUGUUCCACCGCACUUUACAAUAUUAUAUAAUGGAGAAAUUUAACAAUAAAUGAGACAAAUGCACAAUAGGUGGAUGAGGACCCUGGUCAAAUGAGCUUACAGUCUAGAGAAUGUGGGGUAUAAAACUCCAUAUAACAGGCAUUAAGGGGGAUAGUAACCAAGCAAGGUGGAAGUGAAGCAGAACUAGAGGAGAGAGUGGAAUGCUGCCCUUUAGAGAGAGAGACAGGUAUGUGAGAUAGUGGUUACUCUGGGAGGCCAUAAGCUUUCCUGAAAAGAUGGGUUUUUAGGGACUUCUUAAAUGAUUGAAGACUAGGGUAGAGUCCUAGGAAAGAAGAUGACCGCGAGAAGUCCUGCAAGGACAAGCUAGCAGUAAGGGAGUAAGGUUGUGAGCAGCAUUCAGGAGAAAGUCAGUGAAGAAAUGUAAAGGGAUAGAGUUGUUUAGAGUUUUAUAGGUAACGGUUAGUAUUUAGAAUGAACCCCUACAGGAUACUGUAAGGACUGACAGAGGGGCGAGGUGUGAGAGGAGCAACUGGAGAGGAAAAUCAGCCUGGCAGCAGCAUUCAUUGCAGACUGUAGCUGGGCAGUAUGGUUUUCAUGGGCAUGUAAGCUCAUCUUAGGUGGUAGAGUGAGGAGUGAAGUACUUGUGUAAAGUUUAUCUGGGGUAAGCUCACCUUAAGUCGUAGGACUAGAGGAAUAGAAUAGUCAUGUAAUACGUCUCUCUCAGGUCACACAAUCUUUCAUGCUAUCUCUUUCCAUCUGUGUCACAUGCUCUCUUAAAGGGACACUAUAAUCACCAGAACCACUACAGCUUAAUCUAGUGGUUCUGGUAUCUAUAGUAUGUCCUUGCAGGCUUUUCAAUGUAAACACUGCCAUUCCAGAGAUUUCAAUGUAAAUGCUGCCUAGUUACCCAACUAGUGGCAGCCACUCAGACAGCCAUUAGAGGUGCUUCCUUGGACAGUGCUGAUGGCAUGUAGCACUUGUGUGUUCAGUCUCUCCACACUAUGCAAGGAGACACUGAAUGCUCCCCAUUCAGUGCAUCUCUAUGAGGAUUUGCUGAUUGGCACAGCUCUGCAUUUUUUCCUAUGGGAAAGCAAUCCAUUGGUUGAGAUCAUCAAGAUUGAUAAUCUCAGUCUUGAAGGCGGAGUCAGCUGCGGCGAGACUUGUGCAGAGAUGAAGAAAAGGUAAGUUUAAACACCUUUUAACUCCAGAGUUAAGAUGGGGCCGAUCAUCUAAAUAUUUACUCCAGCACUAUAGUGUUUUUCUUAACACCAUAGUGUUUCUUUAAAAGGAAACUAUAGGCUAGAAAUCCAAAAUUGCUUUCCUAGCCUAUAAGGCCCCCAUCACUCGUGCUCCCUACCCCCUUUAAAAACCCCUUUCUCACUUAUCUGAAUCCAGCGCCAAAGUCCCUUGAAUUAAUGCUUUCCUAUUGGAUUUUAGCUGACUCUGGAUGUCCUCAUGCAUAGCGUAAAGACGUCCAGCAUCAGUUAGGCGACCAAAAUUUGCCUAAUGACCCGUAAGUGUCUCUAGUAGCUGUCUGCUAGACUGGCACUAGAGGUGGAAUUAACCCUCAAAGGUAACUAUUGCACUUUCUCAAUAACUGCAGUAAUUAUUACCAUUGCAUGGUUCAACUUGACAGGUACAGUGCACUCAGACCUCCGUAAUGAUCUGAAGUGGUCUAGGUGCCUAUAGUGUCCCUUUACUGACCGUUUUUCUCUGUAACACUCUUUCACUUUCUACCAUAUCCCCCCUCUCUGAUUUAUCUAUUCCCUUUGUAUCAUGGUGACUCUCCUGUCUUUGCCACCCUCUCCAGGGCUAGAUAUACAUUUUAGGUGCUUCUAGUCAUAAAAUUAUCAUACCCAUAAUAGCUUCUUAAAUGUUACGAUUUGUCUUUAAGCGCAAAGUCCUUUGUUAAGUUUAGAUUAUACCACAAGUUUCUGCAAUGAAUUGAAAAAUUUCCAUUUGAGUCAUUUUAUAACACUCGUAAAAUCUCAGACCAAGGAUAUAAGGGGACUAUAUUGAACAUGCAUAUUCUACUCUUACUGCAUAUCAAGCAGUAUCUCUACACCUGAAAAACAAAAGGCACAAUCAUCCAAUCAACAACUCGUUAAAAUAUACAUUCCCUCGGAAUAUGGGAUGAACUUCGCUAUAAAUAAAGUUUUUUUCCUAUACAAAGUCCCAUGCAAUACCCCUUAUUUCUCCUUCAGUCAUUUACAAGUAUAGAGGGGGCUGGAAUCCAGCGAUAUAAUCCUCUCUCUCAGGAGUGACAUUUUAUCUUAUUGGAGUCUUUGACUACCGGAGUUCAUUUGACUAUGACUAUUUGUCUAUUUUGAAAAAGGUUAGAGCCUUGCUUCCUCCGUAGCAGUCAAAUCUGCAGCCAUCAUCCCCAACAUACUUGUAUUUAGAAAACAUGUAUUGUUGGCACUACCCCGGAUUCAUGCAUGUUUAUAUUAAAUUCCUGGCUUACCUCUCUCUCAAAUACUAGUGUACUGAAUUAUGUCCCAGUUGAGAUGAAAACAUCAGAAAGAAUAUACAAGGAUUGACUGGAAUGAGAUAUGGGAGGUCUUGUCUAGGGUGUCUCUCAGUGGGAUUACAGAAAUAAUAAUAUAAGAUAUUUAGGAGAAACCAGGCGCAGACCUCUGAUGGUGACUAUGUGAAUAGAAGGGUAUAUUCUACUAUUUGUAGUCGGGGCAACAUAGCUGUAAUGAAAGUAACCUAGCACAUUAUAAAAAUAGACAUAUUUGACUUUCACACUAGUCGGUUGUGGUGUGCUGGAACCGACAAAGCAGUAGGCUUUUAAUAAGUGGGCCCACCUUAGAAGGUGAUAUGAUUAGAGGGAGUGGUGGGAGGGAUGACUCGCCAGACCAUAAACGGUAAGGUGGAAGAGGAUUGGCAGCCCUUUUAAAAGGGGAUCAAGCCCCUCCCACAACUACAGGCCAAGGCCUUAAUAUUUGUAGUCGGGGCAAUAUAGCCGUAAUGAAAGUAACUUAGCACAUUAUAAACAUAGACAUAUUUGACUUUUACACCAGUCGGUUGUGGUGUGCCAGUACCGACAAAGCAGUAGGCCUGUAAUAAAAGUGGUAGCAAUGCCUCCAAAUUGAAGCUUUCAGUACUAAAAUAAUAUGUUCUCAGAUAUGUUUUCACAAAUGCAUCACACCAGAUCACUGAGUGCCCCUAUUGCCUCCCACAUACAGUUGCAAGAAAAGUAUGUGAACCCUUUGGAAUGAUAUGGAUUUCUGCACAAAUUGGUCAUAAAAUGUGAUCUGAUCAUCAUCUAAGUCACAACAAUAGACAAUCACAGUCUGCUUAAACUAAUAACGCACAAAGAAUGAAAUGUUGCCAUGUUUUUAUUGAACACACCACGUAAACUUUCACAGUGCAGGUGGAAAGAGUAUGUGAACCCUUGGAUUUAAUAACUGGUUGAGCCUCCUUUGGCAGCAAUAAAUUAUUGGGAAGUCUGGUGUGAAUCACUUUCUUGAGGUCAUGCCACAGCAUCUCAAUCGGGUUAAGGUCAGGACUCUGACUGGGCCACUUCAUAAGGCGUAUUUUCUUCUGUUUAAGCCAUUCUGUUGUUGAUUUACUUCUAUGCUUUGGGUUAUUGUCCUGUUGCAACACCCAUCUUCUGUUGAGCUCUAGCUGGUAGACAGAUGGCCUUAAGUUCUCCUGAAAAAUGUCUUGAUAAACUUGGGAAUUCAUUUUUCCUUCGAUGUUAGCAAUCCGUCCAGGACCUGACGCAGCAAAGCAGCCCCAAACCAUGAUGCCCCCACCACCAUACUUCACAGUUGGGAUGAGGUUUUGAUGUUGGCGUGCUGUGCCUUUUUUUUUUUGCCACACAGUGUUGUGUGUUUCUUCCAAACAACUCAACUUUAGUUUCAUCUGUCCACAGAAUAUUCUUUACAUGGUGUGUUCAAUAAAAACAUGGCAACAUUUCAUUCUUUGUGUGUUAUUAAUUUAAGCAGACUGUGAUUGUCUAUUGUUGUGACUUAGAUGAUGAUCAGAUCACAUUUUAUGACCAAUUUGUGCAGAAAUCCAUAUCAUUCCAAAGGGUUCACAUACUUUCUUGCAACUGUAUAAUAACUUGACGGAAAGAGAAAACAAAUCCUAGUAACAAUCAAAGUGUAUUGACUUUAUUAUCUGGGUGGUCUGAGGCUCCUUUAUUCAAAGCUAUUAUCACUUGAGAAACUAUUAGGCCCAUUUAUGGCAAUGUUUUAUACAGCUGUGUUGUUUCAGUGGCCUGUAGAUGUUCUUCUUGUUUUACUAUGCAGCCACAAAGUAGGUUGUGUUGGACUUGAAGGGGUGAUUUAGUCCAGAAGGUGGACUAAGGUUUGACAUUUUGUAGGCAGAACUAAUAUCAGACUCUGCAUGUUUUUAGGUAUUUUACUAGAAUAGAGUGAGCCUGUCAGCGUGCAGUUAGGUUAUGCACUGUUCACUAACUUCCCUUUUACAUUUAUGAAUGUAGAUACAAGUGAAACCAUUUUUGUUAUGUUACAUAUACAGCAUUAUAUGUCUUUGUCACCAGGAAGCAGACCUGGCUGUGGCUUGAAGGUGACCUCCAUAGGAGUAAACAGAAGCAGAAUCCGCUGGAGGAUGGAGCUUUGACCCGGAUCUUAUCGGAUUUUGAGGAUAUGUCCGUAAGCGAGAGGCUGUAUCGUCAUUUAAAUCUGGACAAAACAGGAGAGGUAACUUGUCAUUCCAAAUAGCAAAGUACAUAUCUAAACCAAGGCUUCUUUUUUGUGCAAAAGUCACAGAAUGAAUUGUGUACAUUCAAAUUAAUUGAAUGCAUAUUUGUAUAUUGUUAUUAUGCAUAUUACUAAACAAAUUGCUCACAAGGGUAAAUUCAUAAACUAUAGAUUUUUCAUUUAUUCUUGAUUAGGCACACUAAGAAAUCCAGAAGCAUUAUAUAUCUGGUUAAUAAUGAUCCAUUGAAUUGUGAUUUGUUUUUGUUUUGUUUUUGCUUUUUUUUAUAUAAAAAAAAAUAUUACACUAUACAAUUGUAUGUGACAGCAUUCUGUCAUGGCAUUAGAAAUGUAUUUUACCUUGCCUUUACUGCUCUUAUGAGUUGUGGAGUGUAGCCUUAUAUUUCAUAGAGGUAGCAAAUCUCCUAUAAUAUUAUAUUUGUAUCUACAGGUGAUACUCGAAAAAUUAGAAUAUCGUGCAAAAGUUCAUUUAUUUCAGUAAUGCAAUGUAAAAGGGGAAACUAAUAUGAGAUAGACGUAAUACAUACAAAGCAAGAUAGUUCAAGCUGUGAUUUAUCAUAACUGCGAUGAUUAUGGCUUACAGCUCAUGAAAACCCCAAAUCCAAGAUCUCUCAGUAAAUUAGAAUAUUGUGAAAAGGUGCAAUAUUCUAGGCUCACAGUGUCCCACUCUAGUCAGCUAGCCAUAACACCUGCAAAGGGUUUCUGAGCCUUUAAAUGGUCUCUCAGUCUAGUUCAGUAGGAAUCACAAUCAUGGGGAAGACUGCUGACCUGACAGUUGUGCAGAAAACCAUCAUUGACACCCUCCAUAAGGAAGGAAAGCCUCAAAAGGUAAUUGCGAAGGAAGUUGGAUGUUCCCAAAGUGCUGUAUCAAAGCACAUUAAUAGAAAGUUAUGUGGAAGGGAAAAGUGUGGAAGAAAAAAGGUGCACAAGCAGCAGGGAUGACCGCAGCCUGGAGAGGAUUGUCAGGAAAAGGCCAUUCAAAAGUGUUAGGGACUUUCAUAAGGAGUGGACUGAGGUUGGAGUCAGUGCAUCAAGAGCCACCACACACAGACUGAUCCUGGACAUGGGCUUCAGAAGUCUUAUUCCUCUUGUCAAGCUGCUCCUGAACAACAAACAACGUCAGAAGCGUCUUACCUGGGCUAAAGAAAAAAAGACCUAGUCUGUUGCUCAGUGGUCCAAAGUCCUCUUUUCUGAUGAGCGCAACUUUUGCAUUUCAUUUGGGAACCAGGGACCCAGAGUCUGGAGGAAUAAUGGAGAGGCACACACUGCAAGAUGCUUGAAGUCCAGUGUGAGGUUUCCACACUCUGUGUUGAUUCGGGGAGCCAUGUUAUCUGCUGGUGUUGGUCCACUGUGCUUCAUUAAGUCCAGGGUCAACGUAGCCGUCUACCAGGAGAUUUUGGAACACUUCAUGCUUCCUUCGGCAGACAAGCUUUAUUGGAAUGCUGACUUCAUUUUCCAGCAGGACUUGGCACCUGCUCACACUGCCAAAAGCACUAAAGCCUGGUUCAGUGACCUUGGGAUUACUGUGCUUGUUUGGCCAGCAAACUCGCCUGACCUGAACCCCAUAGAGAAUCAAUGGGGCAUUGCCAAGAGUCGGAUAAGAGAAAUGAGACCGAACAAUGCAGAAGAGCUGAAGGCCACUAUUGAAGCAUCCUGGUCUUCCAUAACACCUCAGCAGUGCCACAGGCUGAUAGCUUCCAUGCCACGCCGCAUUGAGGCAAAAGGGGCCCAAACCAAGUACUGAGUCCAUAUGCAUGCUUAUACUUUUCAGAGGUCUGAUAUUGUUCUAUGUACUCUACUUGCUUUAUUCAUUGCAUGUAAUAUUCUAAUUUGCUGAGAUUGUGGAUUUGGGGUUUUCAUGAGCUGUAAGCCAUAAUCAUCGCACUUAUGACAAAUCACGGCUUGAACUAUCUUGAUUUGCAUGUAAUGGGUCUAUGUCAUAUAUUAGUUUCCCCUAUUAUGUUGCAUUACUGAAAUAAAUGAACUUUUGCGCGAUAUUCCAAUUUUUCGAGUAUAACCUGUAUAUGUGGAAUUAUGUUCUUUCAACUAAAUUGCAUGAUUUGUUUAGAAUAGCCAAUGCAUAUUGAUUGUUAUUGAUGAGAAAUUUAGCUGUAUGGGGACAGUGAUUUACAUUGGUGGCUUUUAGUGCCAGAUUGCUUUAGUAUCUCCCUGCUGGUAUAUUUUACAAGAAGGACAAUAUAAUCCCCAAAUCACACAGGCCACAAGGUGGGGAGACAGCCCCAAAAGUGGCAGCUAUGACCCCACUGCUUGAUUAUAUUAACCCAGGGAUUUCAAUUUAGAAGGCAGCUAAAAAGGUUAGGAGCCAUUUUUCCCCACGACAAAAAUACAUUUUUAAAAGGAACGCAAUAGACACCAGAACCAGUACAGCUUAAUGUAGUGGCUCUUGUAUCUGUUCCUGCAGACUUUUCAAUGUAAACUCUUCCUUAGUGUUUACUUUGCUGCCUAGUGACACCUCUAGUGGCAGUCACCCACGCUCCCUGCAUGGAAGGGUUGCUGAACGUUCCCCAUAGAGAUGCAUUGAUUUAAUGCAUCUCCAUGAGGAGAUGCUGAUUAGUAAUUGAUAAUCUCAGCUAUGAAGGCGGCCAGCUGCGGCGAGACCAGCACAGCAUUGGGGGAAAAAAGGUGAGUAAAAACAUUAUUCCCUUGCGAUCGGAGGGAGGCUAGUGACCUAAACAUACAUUCACUGACUGACACACACACACACUGACAAACACAUAUUCUCUCACACACUCUCAAAGUAUUAUUUAUAAUUAUUAUUUGGCACACUCAAAUAGAUACACACACACACACACACAAAGAUUCAUAGAUAUACAAAGACAAAUACACAUACAGACAUACACAACAGACACACACACACAAAAAUAAAAAAACAUAUUUUUAGCCACCCUCCUGUUUCCUACCUUUUGGGCCUAGGAGGUGGCUUCCCUGGGAUCCAGUAGGCCUGGGCAGCAGCAAGUUGACAUCAGGUUAGUGCAGAUGGCUGCGGCUGAUGGAAGUAGGCUGCUGCUGUUCCAGACUCCCCCUCCUCCUGUCUCUCUAUGCCCAGGUGCACUGGGAGGAAGUGAAGUGAACUGUAAUCAUUUCCUCCCAGUACACCGCUUCACAGAUAGUUGCAUGGGGAUUAAGACAAAAGGAACGGACUGAUCAAUCGCAGGUGACAGAGCAAAAUUCAUAGUCACCAUGGCGACCUGACGCCUGGGAUUUGUUGAGCCCUGUAUUAACCCUCACUUCGUUUAUGAGGUGAGGGGAAUAAUAGUAAUAUGGGUGCACAGUGUUCCUCUGGUCAGGAAGGUCGUGAAUCUUUGCUAAUUCUUUUUAGGUCUACAUUACAAGAAACAUUAUUGUCUUUCUUCUACUUUAACUUGGGUUUCAGGAAUCCCCAACUCAUAUUAUUUAGCAUUUGCCCACUGCACAUAAGGUCAGUAGGAAAUCCAUCCUGCAUCUCACUAGGGGAUCCUGAGGACCCAAUUCACCUUUUUAUUCAAUAAUUAAUUGCCAUCAUUGAACUGUAUCUUGGAGACAAUGUGUCCCCACUUUGGUGCAAUGCAUGUUUUUUGUUUUUUUUCCCCCCACAAAUAUAGUAGUUGGUUGAAAAUAAUUAAGAGUAUAAUGAAGUAAAUAAUUUGACUGAAAUAAUGAAAGCGCAUAACUCUGCCUCUCAUAUGUUGUAUGACAUUAGACUACGUGAUUUUUUUUUUUUUUAUAUACAUUUAAAACUAGUUUCAGUUUAUAUCCUGGCAUUUACUGAUAUAAUUUGACAGCACUGCCAUUGGACAACGUAGAGAUAAAAGUUUAAUAUUAGGAUCGCACACUUGCUUGUCACACCGCAGUUAGAAGAUCUGUGUAUAUUUGGGAAAUAUUGUAAUUUUUUUUAAAUGUUUUUUUUUGGUUAAUAAGUAAUAUUUGCAUCAUUUUUGGUCAGAUGUGAGCACAUUAUAUUUUUAGUCUUAGAAACUCUUCAGUCAAAAUGACUGAACCACUGAUUGAAAACCCCAUGCAGCUUUAGGACAUUAUCAUAUGCUGAUUUAUUCUUUUGUGGCAUUGGCAAGCACAGUACAAUACAAUAAAUGGUCUUGUUCAUAUGAGCAGUUUUAAGAACCUUUAAAAGUGAAGAGUGUAGACAAUUGUUUGAAUAUUCAAAUAGUUUCUACAUCUUUCACAGCCCCAUGCCUACCUUGAAAAUGUCCAAGCACGUUUUAAUUUUAAAACAAGAAAGGAUCAUUAGAACUUCCUUUAUGGCAAUUUUUUUAUUUUUAAGUUGCUUUAAAGAUUCUGAUAAAACUCAGAUUAUGAUAACUCAAUAAUAUUAGAAUCCUGAUUCAGUUGCAACUACCCACCAUAUUGGUAUCAUUUAAGACAUUCGUAUUUUUAAGAUGUUUUAUCGAUUAUACAUCUUUGCAAAUCUCCCUCUCACCCCCUCAAAAAAAAUAAAAAAAUAAACCUAUUAAAUAUAUAGUGUGUGUGUCGUACACUUUGUCCUGACCAGCAGCACUUUCCUUCUCAUGCAGCAUAAUGGAACUAUUAUCCCUAAUGACAGACAUUCCCAGAGCUAUUCUGAAUGUUCCCGUAGCUUUAUUCCUCCUCCCAUUCACAGCAUUUUCUGCCCCUCUCAGGUCUCCUUGCAUCUGUAACCCUCUCAGUGAUCUUUUUUUUUUUCUUUACACUCAUUUCGCUGGCUCUUUCUUGGGGAAUGUCGCUUUUCACAUGCAAAAUCAUUCUUUCAUGUCUUCACUAUUCUGUCCACUACAAUUGCUGCACUUUUUAUACACUUAAAGUACUCAAGUAUUUAUUAAAUUGAGAAUUUUUGUGAAUUUAAAAUGAAUUGCAAAUAUAAAACCAAAAUGGCCGACCUGGGAAUAAUCCUCCGUCAGCUAUGCUUCCAUUUCUUUAUUAAGGCCUGAAAUUUGAAAUGCACUUCGAAUUUGUGACAAUUCUCACUUUAUUGAAUAACGUGCUAAUCUUAACCAGUGGUGGAGGAAGGCAGCCCAAAAGUUCUUGAAAAACAAACAAACACAAAAAUCUCUUUAAAGCUGGCAAGGCAUCAUGGGGAUUGUAGUUCUAGCUGUGGUGGCAACAAUCUAGUCACAAAUCCAAAACAAUUUAGUGCAAAAAAUAAAUAUAGAUAUAAACCUAAUAAACACUUGUAUCAUUAUCAGUACUUGUAUCAAUAACUAAAACUAAUAAAUGGUAAUACAGUGUUGUGGUGCUGAAAAUCUACAUCCACAUACCCUCAAUGAAGCAGGUACCAGCAGGCCUCAAAUUGACAAAUAUUUCAUAUACAUAAAGAAAAAAACAUAAAAACAAAAUGUGUGCCAAUUAAACAAUCUGUAUGUAAAAUAUACAUGUAUUGAAUGUAUGAUGCAGUGUUUGCCUCUUAUAGAAUAUUUCUGAAGAAGAGUUAGACUAUAAAAAUGGUCUCACCCAAGGAGACAAACUUCGUGCCUUAAAGAGCAAAAGACAACCACGUUCAGCAACUACUGGAGCACUACGGUGAGUGAUACCACAAACUGCAGCUUGUCCUUCAGAAUGUCCCACCCUUCUUCCUUGUAUUCUUUAAUCCGUGUAUGUGUGUGUGUGUGUAUAUGUGUAUAUAUAUGUAUGUGUGUGUGUAUGUAUGUAUGUAUGUAUGUAUAUAUAUAUAUAUAUAUAUAUAUAUAUAUAUAUAUAUAUAUAUAUAUAUAGUGUAGAUGCUUGGCACUCUCCUUCCAAAAAUUAAUCAGAAGAUUGCCCGGAUGCCACCCGUGUCAAUAUAUAGGCAAAAGUAUAAUCAAGUGUGCACUCACGGGACUUCAAGUGGAAAAAUGUGAUUUAAUUAAAUAUAAUUACAUCUGAGAAAAAAAGUAAACGUUUCGACCCUUGAAAAAGACCCCCCAGGGUCGAAACAUUGAUUUUUAUUUUAUUUCUCACAUGUAUUUAUAUUUAAUUAAAUCAAUUUUUUUUUUCACUUGAAGUUCUGUGAGUGCACCCUUGAUUAUAAUUUUGCGUAUAUAUAUAUUCCAUCAUUCCUUCCCCCUUUCUCUGUUUCCUGAACUGACUCUACUUUGAUAAAUUGUGUAAUUUCAUGAAAGAAUCUCUUCCUAUUCAAUCAUCUGUGCAAGUCAGCCUCCUGAAACUGCAGUAAAUGGGGUGUGUGUUCUCACACGUACAGCAUUCUUCCCAGCUUGGCUUAGAGCACACUAUGUGACACGUGUAGCACUUUCCUUUGUUGAAGGUGCUAAUUAAUUAAUAUAAUUAAAAACAAUAUUUAAAAAUUGCACAGGUCACAUUUUAAUCUAUAUUUCUAUUCAACCAUCUUUUACUGUGUCAUUCGAUAGUACUGGUAAUAAACCUCACCAUUGUGCCAUGUUACCUGCUAAUAUUGAGCAUUUUAUGUUUCAGUUUGGAAGACUUGAAAUCACACACAAGAUCCACAACAUCACAGCCUUUCAGGUGAUUUGUGUGAUAUUUGCUGUAUACAUACAUACAUAUAUAUUGCGUCUAUAUUUAAUCCUAGAUGUGCUUUGUGAACAGUAUUUUUGUAUUCUUUUUAAAGGGACACUCCACUUACCUAAGGUGCAGGGAUGCAUAGAAUUUAGGGGAUAGGACCAAAUGUUAGGAAACAGGCAAAAUAUUCAUUAACUAUUUCAGUUCCAGAGUCGCACAUCUCGCUUGGACACAUAACUAGUCACUCUCUCUCCUACAUUCAAACACACAUAAGUAGCCAUUUUAUGUCAGGACAGUGGGGAGAUCUUCAUACCUCUCCCAACAGCACAAAUCAACGUUCGAAGCCAUGCUUUAACCUACCUUCACCAUGAGCUGGCUUCUAGCUUAGCCACACUAUUAGAGAAUGUAGCAGACCAUGGGUAACCCGACUUGUAACCUCCGCUAUUACCUUCCUUCAGCCACUCUGUAACCAUCAGCACAAGUUAAUACCCAUUCCUCCAGUAACCAGACGAAACCUAGUUCUAGGAGUCAACUGAGGUUUAUUGGAACACACACGGCUUUUAUGCACAGACCUCUACAUGGGGUCUCCCAUACAAUACUACAAGGCUUUUGCUCCCAGGAUCCUCUACAGAAAAAUAUACAAUAUUCUAAAACACUCCAAAAAUACAUUUUCAAAAGGGGCUAAAUUGAUUGCAUGGGAGGUCAGAGCUAAUAAUCCAAAUUCCCACCUGAGCCACUCUACAAGGUGUGAGAGGUCACACAUACGUGGCCUGGAAGUCUGGCUUCAGUAUAAACAAACUCUCUCACUUGCCAUAUGUCCUGAUUUUCUCCUAGAUAAGGUGUCCUUUAUGAAUAGUCAUCAGCCCUUAAAGCCCCCUGUGCUCCAGUAUCAUAUUAAAAAGACACUAACACAUACCCACAGAUUAAUAACUAAGCCUAAUUUUUGUUACAUUCAGAAUGGGACAAGCACAAUCUUCUAAUCAAGCACAAACAUAAUUUGCGAACAAGGGAAAAAUAAACAUACAAAUAAGUAGUAGUUCUGCCACACAGCUCCCCCUUAAACACAAACAAUACAUUGUUAAAUAGCUCUGAUCUGAACGCCCAAGUUCUCCAAAUAGCGCUUAGAUCCAUGCAGGGUAGUUAGGUCCUCUAUCCUGCUACAUAUAUAAUAACUCCUAAAUGGUCUCUCAGACCUGGACCAUAGUCAGUGGGCAGGAGGCCGGUUUCUACACUCCUCCAGUAGUCGCCUUUGUCACAGAGAGACAACACCAUUAUUUAUUUGUCAAAUACCUGUUUUGAUUGAGGAAAGAGGGGCAACUCAGUUCUGAGCUCUUGGUCCAAGUCAAUGUGGCAUUGGAUUUGUUUUAUCUUCACUUAAGUACAGUCAACACAUGGAGUACUUGAUGCACAAAAUUGACUUUUUUUUUUCAACUUCAAAAAUCAGCAUUUCCAUUUUUGAUUAAGCAUGCUCAUUAUUAUUGAUACAUUUUACUUAUAGGGUGAUCGCUACUAACAGUGCCCAGGGCUCAAUGUCCCCAUUGAAAUCAUCCAGAGUGUGUGCCUCCACGUCAGGCGCUGCCAGAAGGGCUGGGCAGAGCCUAUUAUCUUCCAGUAGCAAAGGGAAAAGGUGAGUUCUGGUGUUUACAGGAGCCUGGAUUGUGAGAUGGGAGAGGUAGGAGCCUGGAUUGUGAGAUGGGAGAGGUAGGAGCCUGGAUUGUGAGAUGGGAGAGGCAGGAGCCUGGAUUGUGAGAUGGGAGAGGCAGGAGCCUGGAUUGUGAGAUGGGAGAGGCAGGAGCCUGGAUUGUGAGAUGGGAGAGGCAGGAGCCUGGAUUGUGAGAUGGGAGAGGCAGGAGCCUGGAUUGUGAGAUGGGAGAGGCAGGAGCCUGGAUUGUGAGAUGGGAGAGGCAGGAGCCUGGAUUGUGAGAUGGGAGAGGCAGGAGCCUGGAUUGUGAGAUGGGAGAGGCAGGAGCCUGGAUUGUGAGAUGGGAGAGGCAGGAGCCUGGAUUGUGAGGUGGGAGAGGUUAGAGUCUGGAUUGUGAGCCUGAAUUGUUUUAGCAGUUAAUCCUGGAUCAUGAGUUUGAAGUCAGUGAAUAAUUACGAGUUAUAGCUAUUUUUUCUAUCAUUUGAAGUAACAAUAGACAAUAACCGGAGUUUAGAGCAGGGAAAUAAAAUCAGAGGUGAAGAAAGACACAAACAAAAUGAGAAACAAAACAAAUGAAAUGAGGAGAACAGGAUAUACAGAUGCUGGAGAGACUGAGGAUGGAGAAAUUAAACUAGUGAAAUUUAGUUUCGCACAGACAUAGGUGUCCUACUCCUUUAAUAUAAACUAUGUGAGGAGAAGGCAGCUCACAUUCUUACGGCAUUGAAAGUGUUGACACUUGUUGCUCUCUUUGGAUUUCAUAUUCUGAAUUUCUGAGUGGGCUAAUGUGUACCAGUGCUUGUCAUUGUUAUUAUGUCAUCUAGCUAAUGGCUCGAUCUGCAGUAUAAUCCGCCACCUCCAUAUCGAUGCUACUCUGCAUAUCCCAAGAUAUUUAUAAAAUAGUUUUUGUUUUAUUUUUUUGCUUAUAGCCAGUAUUUUCAAGGUCUAUAGCUUUCUGUACCACUUUUUUUUUAACAUUUUAUUUUUCAGUUUUAGAAAAUUGUCAAUUACAGUUAACCGAAAUCCGCACCACUGUUUUUAAUGCCAUCGUAAUAAAUAUAAUAAAAACAGCUGUCAACUCCUCCCCCCCCCCACUAAAUUCUUGACUUGCUGCCAGAAACAAAAAAAAAAAAAAAAAAAACAUCACUUCACUUCUUCCUGUAAUUGGAAAAUCCCAGGACAGACAGAAAAGUCCAGUUUCCUUAGCUGACUCACGGGCUAGGAAAAUUCUCCAAUCUUGUGCUGCGCUUGUGUCUGGAAUGUAGAUUUAGAUUGCAGAUUAGACUUGUGUAGUAUAUGCGGUUCCUCUAUAAAAAGUACAGUCUUUAUAUUAGUUUUUACCUAAUCCCCAGACAGCAUGGCGUCUAUCAUGUUCAGGUGGUUUUGAAUUCCCCCUCCCUUCCCUUUUUUAAUUUUUUAUUUUUUUUUUAUAUAAAACUCACCACCUCCUGUUGACAUUAAAAUCCAUACAAAUACUACUCAUUACCACAAUACAAAGUAUUUGCCACUGCUGCAUCAAUCUUAAUACUAAACUAUUUUGUCUGUUAUAUUAUAUCUAAUUAUCCUUAAUUCACAUUUCAGGGUUUACUAAAGAUGUAGUUGCAGCUCAAUUGCGUGAUCUCUGCAAUGGAUUAUAAUAAACAAUACAUUUAACUACAGUUUCCACUAUAAUAUCCAUUUUAAAUUCUGACAUUGAUCAGUGCAACCCACAACUGUGAUAAUGCUGGCUACAUCUUCUGUUCUGUCAUUGCUUAUGACACAUCUACUCCUAGAUGAUACUAUGGUGUUAAACUGUUUUUUUUUGUUUUUUUCUUUGUAGUAAAGAUCUGAAACUGUAUAUUAUUUAUUUAUUUAUUUUUGUGCGAUUUAUUAUUGUGUGCAUUGUUUUAUGUAUUUUAAAGUAAAGUCAGCUCAACUUAGCAAUACAUGUUUUGGUACAGCAGCCAAGUACUGCUUUUAUUUUCCCAUUUAUCUUUAAGAUUAAUAAAUAAGGGAUUAUAAGAAUAAACCAAUCCUGAAGAUGGAUGAUUUAAGGCAGAAAGGAUCAUAAAGCACACAUCAACAUGUAUGAUACCUCCUCCCUAGCUCUUUAAUUGGCUAUGUUUAGACCCAACCAAUUAUGUUGUAACAAUUACCAUAGAUAACUUAACUUAAUUCUAGCAGGUAGAAUCCAGGUAAAUGGCAGAAAUACAAGAUGAUUUGGGAAAUGUGUGGAUAAGUGCGAAAAUGAUUGCAAAGAAGUCACUUUGUCUUAAAGGAGUUAAAAUUAGAAGUAAGAGUUUCUGUGUAAUAAAGUUUAAACAACUAGGGUCCUUCAGGUGCCAAGGUUAUAUUUUGCAUUUAACUCUUACAAAGCAUUGAUUUAUAAUACACAAUUAAUUUUAAUUACACUUUCCUCAUUAAUAAUUAUUUAAAAAUCUGACAUUUUUCAGUACAGCACAUCACUGUGAUAAUGCUGGUUACAUUUACUGUUCUGCCAUUGCUUAUUACACGUACACUCACUUCCAUUGAAUGUGCUUAUCUUCUGUACGCAUGAUGUGUAUAAACCCAGAAUCAGCAAGAGCUAUGCAUAUAGAGUAGUAUUUGUGAAACAUGUUUAAAAUAAAAAAGGCAAAUAAAAAAAAAAUAGAGCAAUAGUUAUUGCUUCACUUAUAGAUUUAUGUUCAAGAAGAACUUCAGAUGUUGUACAACUACAACUCCUACAAUGCUUUGUUAACCUUUAGAAUGGCAAAAAGAUCAUGCAAGCAGUAGUUCUAAAACACCUGUGCAUCUUCUGUUUUGGCACACCUGCUUUAUAGUGUCUGUUAUUCCUUUAUAUGUACACAAGUAAGUUGUGUCCGUUCAUAGUCUGUGUUACCCCUGCCUCAUGUUUUUUUCCCUCUCAGUUUUGCCGGGUCACUUGGGAAUCUGAAUUCUGCUCUAGAAGAGAUAGACAGCACCCGCAGCUCUUCUCCCUCCCGCCCUAGUUAUCCCCCGGCACUCCCCAACAGCCUGUAUUCCUCCCAUACACGUGGUCGGAUUCAAGGAGAGCUAAACAACAACCACCAUACCUUGGGCACUCGUACCAACACCUAUGGAUCCUUCAGACCUUCCUACUCAGGCCUUUCUGCUAAUGCACGUUACAUGAGCCGUUCUAUUCCCGUAAGUGCCCAACAACUACCACAAGGCAAAGGGGCAAUACUUCCUUUCAACUGCACCAACCUCUACUCAUGCUUCCAUUUUUGUUUUCUCAGUUGACUGCUCUGCUUUGUGGUUUUCCUAAAUACAUCCCACCAAGCUCUACAUGUAUGUUCCAAAUUUCUCCUACAAUUUCUCUUUUGGUGUAUGCUGUAUAUAUUUACUAUUUUGUGGGACUUUACUGAAGAGAUGUAUAGACCAUAAAAAGCCUAUACCUCUGCUGUCUCUCACAUUACACUUACCAUUCUAAUUAUUACUACCAGGAAUAGAUACCUAUAAAAACAAUAAAGUUUAAAACAAUCCCUAAAUGUAUACAUUAUUUAAGCCAUUAUAAUCCUAAUGUUUCUGCGGCAGGAAAACUGUAGUCUCAAACAACAGUGCUACUUUUUGCUCUAAGCAAUAGCCAUCUGUGUGUUUACAUUGUAUCCUCAAUAUAUACUUCACAGUCAAUGGGUAAAACAAAGGAGUCUUCCUUAACUAGAGGAGGUGUUGUGCCAAAAAAGAGAGAAAAUUUUUAGGAUUUAAAAUAGAGAGAAAACUAACAUUUAGAAUCUAAUGGAUUUUGGAUUUUUUUUUUUACUAUUUGACAAAGAAUAAAGCUUUUAUUUUUUUUAUUAUUCAUUCCUUAUUUUCGAUUUGGUGUUUUAAACACACAAGCAUAAGUGAGGCAAGUACAGAUAAUACAAGUCCGGCCAGAAAAUAUCCUGGGAGAAACACAGGGUGUAAGCAAUUGCACAAACUAUGGGCAAGAUCAUCAAUUACAUUUAUGUGACCUCGUAUGUCACCGAUGAAGGUAUUAUGUAAAAAAAUAAAAAUGAAACAGAUAGUUGUCACUGAUAAAAGAUGAUAAAAAUAAUAAGAGAAGUGGUAUUCACAGGAGGAUAGCAAAAAUUAGGUUUAGCUCAAUCCUAUAGGCGUAGGUGGUAUGAUCCCCACCUUGGAUAUCGAAGAGAGAGUACUCUUGAUUAAACUGCUGAAAAACAGUCAGGGAGGUCCAAGGUAAAAAGUACACUACUUUUAUUGGAUAUAAAAACAUAUAAAGUAAAAUACACCAACACGUUUCUCCAGACAAUACGCGUUCAUGUAUGUUAGAAAUCCUAUAUUUUUAAAAAGAGUUACUGGUCCAGUAAAAGCCCUUUAUAUGUGCAUUGUUGUCACCUGGUAGGAAUUACAAUGAGGGGGUGGGGAUAAAGCUAAUUUAUUGUCUUUUAAAUAACAUUAAUUGUUGCACAAAAAGUGUGCCACCAGUCAUAUAGAAUGUGAUGUCAUGUGAUCUCUAUUCUGAAAGAAUGAAUUACCUCAAAAUAACAACAUAUAAAUGAGAUCUCCAACAGUGCACAGUAUGUGAACUCACAUACUUAGAACAAAAUGUAAAAAAUAUAGCAUAUUGCAAAACUACUGUAUAUGAAAUGUGAAAUUAGACAUACUAUGCACAAAAUAAGUCAAAGUAAAUCACAAUCAAAUACUGCCCCUUUAAAUAAUAUUUUAUAAAAAAAAAAACAAUAACUAUGUCUGUAGUGGAUGGUGUUUCAAGUUAUAGUGUACAUAGGUGAUGAGGAUAUUAAAUGCAGUCAAUGAGACAAAAUGUUGUAUUCGGAAGUGUGAUAAUACAUACGUGAGAUAUUGAGGUGAUGACGAAAGCUACCUCAUUCCGUCCAUCCCUACAAAUUGUCUUCUGCCCUUACACACUAUAAAUUUGUAGAAUUCUUGUUCCAGCUCCAUUUAACAACUCUCUGUAGCUUAUUCUAUCUAUAUCUGAUCCACCUGUACAUUCUGUCUUUAUUAUGUUCCUGUUCUUUUUUUAUUUUUAUUUUUACAUUUAAGAAAGAAAACUUGGUGAAAGAUUCUAGUAACAAAUUAUUCGAAUUCUAAGUUUUUUUUCCUCUUUUUUUCUUCUUUUUUUCUUAGUCCCUUCAAUCUGAAUCCGUUCAGUUCUAAAGGUGGACACACUACUGACGAGUCCCAUGCAAUAGAAAAACGACAAAGACAUCAAGAAGGUGAUACUUGCCCAGAUAAACGUUCACCCCUACAAACCAGCAAUCUGGAGCUGGAUUCCAAACACUACUGAUCCAUUCUGCUGACUUUUUUUUUUUUCCAUUUCUAAUAUUUAUGCUUAUUUUUAUUUUUUUUUUAAAGAAUAUGGAGUUUUAUAUUGAAAUAUUUUUUAUCGAAUUCAGUCUUGAUUUGUACAUACUCCAGUCUUAAUAUACGAAUGUACUAAUAGG